AUGUGCAAGGGCGCCGAUACCCCGGACGAUGGGAAAAUAACAACGGAGUCUCAUGUUUCUAUGGAAGACAACCAAAGCGAACCAUCAACUUCUUUCAGCCAUUCCGCGUAUACCAUAGGACCCUCAGUUGGAAGUGAGGAAACAAGCUCAUGGCAAGAUGGAAAGCGUAAGCGCCACAACGGGAGUAUAGAACCCCAGACUACUCCGGUGGAUCUUCUGAGACCUUCAGCUGACAAGGCCGCCGGAAACAGAACAAAUGAACCCCUUGAUCGUCAGCACUGCGUAGUCGUCCAGGGCCUAUCGGAGUCGGAUGCUCCUACCACGAAGGUGAGGAUCUCCGCUGACCUUAAUAUGCUUCAACACCUACUGAACAAAAUGCUUAAGUCGAGUGAAAAGAUAACCAUACGGGCAGCCUUCAGGAUCGGAAAGAAGGUGAGCGAACAAUCAGAAACUUUGCGGCCACGACCUCUGAAAAUUGUUUUGAACAGUAAAGAGGAAGCUAGCUUACUUCUGUCCAGGAAAAGCAGCCUCCGAAACUCUCACAAGGAAGUUUUUUUUCAGCCGGACUAUUCUCCAGCGGAACGUCUGAAACGCCGCGAAUUGGUAACGGAGUUGAAGAGGAGACUUGCAGCAGGAGAGAGCAACUUGGCCAUUUUCAGGGGACGAGUAAUACAGAGGAACGCGAUGUUGUUUUGGAACCAGCCAGUCAUCAUGAUGGCGGCAGCAACAUAAUAUUGACAAACCCGAGACAAACCGAACGAAGCACUGUCGAAUGUUGCAAACUAAAAUUCUUUUACACCAAUGCUCAGAGUCUGUUUUCCAAGCUUGACGAACUGAGAAUACAGGUAGACGAUACUCUUCCCGAUGUUAUAGCAAUAACAGAAACGUGGCUGUCAGAGGACGUUGGUGAUUGCGAGGUAGCAUUAACAGGAUACCAUUUGUUUAGGAGAGACAGGAGAGGCCGCCGGGGUGGAGGAGUUGCCAUGUAUGUCAAGAGCAACUUAGCAGUGUGUGAGAGGACCGACAAGAUUUCUAACGACACAGAGGCAAUUUGGCUGACUAUAAAGGCGCGGGGAUCUCAGUCCCUCGAAGUCUUAACUAUCUACCGGCCCCCGCAGGCGGAUCCCGACCCAGAUACUUGUCUUCUGAAAAGCAUAAAAGAGAUCGCCAGCCGACCAGACGUUGUUAUCAUGGGGGAUUUUAAUGCACCAUGCAUUCAAUGGAGCGAUAUGCAUGCGAAAUGCUCGAUGAAUACCUUCCGAUUACCAUCUACUAAAGACAACUCUAGAAGCUCUACUCACGCAACAUGUCCUGUUUCCAACUAGAGCUCGUGGAGGGCAACAGGCUAGUUGUCUGGACCUCGUUUUUACCAAAGAUCCUGACAGUAAAGACGAGAUGUACUACCUACCCCCGCUCGGUCGAAGUGAUCAUGCAGUGCUUUUAUGCGAGUACUUGCUGUAUUCUGAACCGUGUACAAAAGACAAUACGAGGCCAAAUAUAUGGAAAGGGGACUUUCGCCAAAUGAGAGCUGAGGCAUCACAAAUAGACUGGGAUGUUCUCUUCUCCGGAAACGUUAACGAGGAUUGGAAUUUUUUCAAGGAUCGUUUACUGCAUCUAAUGAAGAACCACUGUCCCUUAUCAAAGCCUAGGACAUCCAAACGCCCUCAGUGGCUAACAGGAGAACUCAAAAGGGAGAUCAACAAAAAAGGUAGGUUAUGGAAAAAAUUUCGCGAGAACAACUAUAAUGCAGCGUUUACAGAAUACAAAAUUCAAAGAAAUAAGGUGAAAAGUCUGAUUUUGAGGAGGCGACGCGAUUUUGAGAGUAAUUUGCUCCACCGAGCCGUUAAAAAUCCGAAAUUGCUCUACAGCUAUUUGCGGAAAAGCUCACGUAACAGGAAUCCCAUUCCUGUUAUGAGGGGUGAUGACGGCUUGGAGAUAUCGGAGAGUACAAAUAAGGCUGAGCACUUUUCUCAAUUUUUCCGAUCCGUUUUCGCAAGAGAAGCAGAAUUUACCCCAUCUAAUUCUGAGAACAUGAGAGAUCCCACUAUCGAAAAUAUUGUGUUUCGAGAAGAAGCAAUUUUGGAAGAACUGAAAAGCUUGAAGGAAUGUAAAUCUCCCGGUCCGGACGAGAUCCCAGCAAAGCUGCUCUUUGAGCUUGCCCAACAGCUGGCCAAACCACUAUCCUUUCUGUGCCAAAAAUCGUUUGAUGUUGGAAUUCUUCCCGCAGACUGGAAGACGGCCCACAUUACACCCCUUUACAAAAGCGGUAGUCGUGAUCAGGCGACAAACUACAGACCCGUCAGUCUGACAUCAAUCUGCUGCAAAGUGAUGGAGAAAAUCAUCAAAAAGGAGUUGAUGACUUACUUGGAAACCCACAACCUCUUGUCCAAUACACAAUAUGGUUUCCGUAGGGGAAGAUCAUGUGUUACGAACUUGCUAUACACAAUGCAAAGUUGGACACGAGCACUGGACGCAAAACACACCGUGCAUGUUGCCUAUAUUGAUUUUCGGAAGGCGUUUGACAGUGUUCCGCACCAGCGUCUCCUACACAAGUUGAGAAUUAUGGGCAUCGAUUGCAAACUUCUCAAAUGGAUCGAAAAUUUCCCUGUCGGCCGCUCCCAAAUUGUCUGCGUAGAACAACAGCAAUCAAGGUGCACAUUCAUAGAGAGUGGGGUCCCACAAGGCUCGGUGCUCGGACCAACUCUCUUUCUCUUGUUCAUUAAUGAUUGCGUAGAUGGGUUGGACUGUGAUUGUGCCAUGUUUGCGGAUGACAUAAAAAUCUGGCAAGUUAUUCAGAAUGCUGCCGAUGAGACCAACUUCCAAGAAAAUCUUUGUCGGUUGGACGAGUGGUCCCGCAGAUGGCUCAUGUCCUUCAAUUUGAACAAAUGCACCAUUCUGCGCCUCGGAAAUCAGAGCCCUAGUACGCGGCAAUACCAUCUGAACGGAAUGCCACUCCGAGAAGCAGAAACUCAGAAAGAUCUCGGAGUUUGGGUUGCAGACAGCCUAAAGCCUUCUACACAAUGCUGUAAGACGGCCAAGGCCGCAACCUUAAUGCUAUAUGCCAUCAAGCGGGCAUUCGUAGUUUUCGAUGAUGACUGCUUCACCAAAGUCUUCGGCACGUUUAUAAGGCCCCAUCUCGAAUAUGCAAUUCAGGCCUGGAGACCGUGGACGCACCAGGAUUACGAUCUGCUCGAAAGGGUGCAGAGACGAGCAACAAAAUUAAUAAGAGGUCAAAGUGCACUGCCAUACGAGAUCUGCUUAACUAACCUUAAUCUCUAUCCUCUGAGUUAUAGGCAGUUGUGCAGAGAUAUGAUACAAACUUUCCGUAUCGUGCGCGGCUUGGAUUGUGCCCUUCGGUGCGAUGACUUUUUCCAACUCGUCACUACAACUCACCUCCAGGAACAUCCCUUCUAGCUACGUGUACCACAGGGUAGACUGAAUGUGAGAAAAUAUUUCUUCUCCAACCGUGUCGUGGAACCGUGGAAUAACCUGCCCGAGACGGUUGUUAUGUCUCAAUCUGUGGAGACAUUUAAAUUUCGCCUUGACAGAUAUAUGCUGCAGCAACAAUCGGACUAUGUGACUUUUUAACCAUGUGACUAGUGACAUAUGUGAAUCAAUGUAUGCAUUCACUUAAUGCUGUGAUUUCUUCACAUUUUUGCUUGUUUAUCGAUUUUUUAUGUACAAAUAGGGAGUUCAAAGGCGUAAGCCUAUUUCCCUCAAAUACACUGACUGACUGACUGAUUUGAAGAUCAGAUUGUUUCGCAUCCCUAUUUUCUUUCCGGUGGGCCUCGCUACCUUUUUAGUCUGUCAAGACCUCACCCGAUCCGUACGUUCAAUUCCUUUUAGGUGUCCGUGUUCCACGGGCGACGAGAGGUUUCGAUCGUUGUUCCUUGUAUCUCGUCCAUCUCUGAGAGUUUCAGCCCAGUGACUGACUUCCGUCUGCAGCUCCACAUACGUUAUAGUCCGCUUUCGCUGUCAUUACGAAACACUUUACUGGCUUUAGGCUAGCACUUUUUCCGCAUCUUCUCCAGUUUCCCUCUCUUUUCAUCAGUUGGGACAACCAUGAACCGUAGGGUUACUCAGAAUAGCUACUCUUUAGCUGAGAAUGUGUUGUUCGCCCUCCUAGGGUUACUAGCUACCUAACCUUCUUUGACUGGCGACCUACUUAUCGCCGUUUGCUCUGUUGGUUUACAGUGCGAUGGUUUACCGAAUCCGUUAUAUGGGCCGCAGACCAAGUAGUAGGCGUACUUUGACUGCCGGCAUGGCCUUGAGUUCCCUCACCCAUGCACUGCCUUUCCGGUCACGCUAGUUCAGACGGCUGUGGGUUGGGAGGAUGGUGGAGUGCGUGGGUGGCGCGGUGUCAAUGUGUCCUGUUCCGCCGGCAAGGCUUAGCGGUGCACCCGGUCUCACGGGUUAUCACUUACAUUUUGCCGUAUUCGACUGAGCACUUUACCUUUGGCGUGCAUUAACGCUGCGCACAGUGUUUCUCAUACCUUACCGCCGUCCAUAAUCAAUUUUAACUGCAAGUUUUCCCUUUGAAACUCCCUCAUAUGCUGUCGGCGCGUCGGCGUCCCCACCUCCCUAAUUCCACAAUUUUUUCUGCGGCCAUUAUAUGACUCCAUUCUUCCUGAUACCUGUAUACCAUUGUUCCCUUUCCAAAGGUUGCGUUACUUGUACUUCGCAUUCGUUAACACGUCUCUCAUCAAUACGGCACUAACGUUCGACAGUUCCUUGGUCUGCCCGGUGCACCCUCGGCCGCUGGUAAGCUUCGUUCACGCGUUGGGUUCGGCUCUCUCUGCGUAAUCGCAUACUACCCAUGCCGAUUUCACACGAGAUGCUGUGUACUUCGUGGGUUUGGCCGUAUGCGGUUGUGCUUUACGAGGUGCCUUACCAGAUUAAGGUAUAUAACACAAACAAAAAUAAAGGUCGAUUACUCUAUAAGACAAACGUAAACGGUUCUACCUGCCGGCACAGCCUCUACUUCAAACUCCGUCACCUGCAUCCUUCGCUGACUUACACAUUCUACAACUUUAUAUUUUAUUUUGUUCCGUUACAUACGUAUGCACAGAAUGGUAGCUCUUAACUAAGUACUCCUGACUUACCGUUUCCACGGAAUUUCGUCUUGCGUAGUGCCCGAAUCGCAUCCUUCAGAGGUAGACACCAUCGCUUCGGAUAUCGUCUUAACGCGCACUUUGCAGACUGGCCUUGAUAAUCUGCGUCACGUUUUGAUUGACCAUUACGUUCGGGGCCUUAUUUUGGCCUAUCCUUAGUUACUCAUGGAUAAAUCGCAAAUUGUUGAAUUUUUCUUACCCGUUUUUCUACAAUCCGGAAUUCUUUUGCAUUGACUUAAAGUUCGUCUUUAUGCUUACCAUUGGCUGCCUUAUUUUCCUAUUUACUUCCCCACGCUCCCCGUCCGUUUAAAGACCCCACCCGUAAAACCCCCUUUCACUACCGGCUCCGUAAUGCAGGUCAGUGGGGUUUAAUUUUCCCAGGUGGUGCUACUAAACCACAUCCGACCGAGAAAAGUCUCAGAAUAAUGAACGGGGAAAUUUUGCACGCCGGUGGCCAUUCCGCUGGAGGACGCUCAUAACCGUAACAGCUUAGGUGUGAUGAAUAGCAUUUCAUCUCAGUCAGCUUCGGCCGGCUUUUGCGUUCGAUCUCAUGAAAUGAACAGACGCCUGUAUAUUGAAGCAGUGUUUUCCCGGAAUCAAUUUAAAUAAGGCAAAGGCGACAAAUAAUGCAGUAUUUACUGACGUCAUAAAUUUCGAGACCUCUCAUUCAGCUGCGUACGACCAGUGCAUAGUUAUACGACAAGGCAAACUGUUCAGAACAAUGACCGUACUCAGCUGAAUGGGAGACCUCGAAAUUUAUGACGUCGGCAAAUAUUGCAUGCUUUUUCGCUUUUGUCUUAUUCAGACGCCUGUUUGUCGGAGUCCCUCAGUCCAAAUUGUGAUUUUUGUACACAAAUACUCAAAAUCUCGUUUCGAAGAGCAAUGAACGCAGUUCCAUAAAAACAGACUUAAAAAGCUACGGAGGCAGCUUAAAUAUCCCUCAGUGCGCUCAUUAUCAGUUCACCUAAGAAUCGUUGAAGUAUUUGAAUUAACUUCGAAAAUGAGGCUAGCUUGAGGUAGGCUUAGAGAGUCCUUAGCUGUUAAUGGCGUGAAUGCCUCUAAAUCAGUUGCUCAGAUCUUCCAUCAAAGAUCAUCUGCUAAGUCCCACCAAUUCAUUCCGCCUUUGCUUAGUACCAACGAUGCCUCCAAUACAGAGGAGUCAGGCAAGCCAGAAAUGUUAAAUUCAUUCUUUGCCAAGCAUUUCGCCAUUGAAACUGACCAAAUCCCUUUAAUUUCUUCGUUGUCAGAUGCCUCCCUCUGCAUCAUUAAUGUUGCUCCUGAAACUAUUCAAAAACUGAUAAACCAUCUUACUAACUCUCACUCAGUAGAUACGGGCAGUAUCCAAAUCUCUCUUAUAAAACAGCUAAGAGAUUUUCCUUCUCUUCUUCUCCUUCUCUUUUCAAUCUUUCUCGUAAAUGGCUCCUCUCCGAACUAUUGGACAACUUAUAUUUUUAUUACAGUAUAUAAGUCUGGCUAUAGUUCAUAUGUUUAGAACUAUCGAGGUGUCCAUAAAACACCUUCUCCCGCCAAUAUCUUUGAAAAAAUCAUGGCCAUGAAAUCUACCGACCAUUGUAUAGACCAUCAAGUUAAUAGUCAUUCUCAAAAUGGUCUUUUAUUUGAUCGUUCUUAUGAAACAUGUCAUAUGUCGUUUCUCAAUCGUUGUUGUCGUUAUUUAUUUUGAUCUAAGGCCUUUGAUAAAAUGCCACAUAAAAGACUCUUGGUUAAAUUAGAAGCUCUGAAAAUUUGCAGUCCCCUAAUAGACUUCAUCAAGUCAUACCUGUCUAGUGGUAAACAAAAUGUCUUAGAGGCAUAUUCAUUUUCCAAUGAGAGCCCUAUUGUAAGUGGUGUCUUGCAAGGUACCAUGUUAGAUCCUCUUUUGUCCCGCUGUACAUAAGUGAUAUAUCGUUUGCAGCUAAACAUUCGUGGCGUCCAGCCAUAAUGACCGGUCUGGCGUCACUGUUCACGACCUCACUGCCUCAAGGCCAUUCACCCCCCGCAGCAAGCCGUUCCAGUCGCGCUGACCUGAAGCCACUCGACCGACCUCAGAUCCAACACAAUUGCAUCCACACAGCGUCGCGGCUACCCAUGCGUCACUUGAACGCGCCACCCCCUGCAAACAUCAAGACAAGCCAUUGGGACACCACCCAUCGGCAAAUUCAACACAUGCUGACUGGCCACCACUUGAGCUUGGCCUACAAGCCUGCAAAAGCGGCUGCCACCAUUAUCUCAGUGACUCUCAGGCAUGACUGGACACAGUCAACACCAGCCCUGGCUUCGCCAGUGGCCACUACGGUCUGAGAGGACAACUCCGGGUUCUGUGAACAAUAAACCCCUCAUUCUGAUGCCUUCUGUCUUCUCCUUCCAAUCUGGGAUUUUACUUGAUAACUGUACCGCCGAGAACACUUACUCUCGCUGCUUAGUUGCUACAGAUUCUAAGUCAUUUAUUUUUGCUGACGAUCUCAAAUGUGUAGGUUCAUUCAAUAAAUCUAUGACCCUUCAUUGCCUGGAGCAAAUCCAUACUGAUUUGCGUGCUCUUUCAGUGUGGAGCUCAAAAUAGUUCAUGGAAUUCUCUGUGUCUAAAUGUCGCUAUAUGUGUUUUGGACUCGAUAAGCUACCCAAACCAGUGGUCUUUCAAAGCACAUCUAUGACUGAAUGUACCACCAACAAGUGUUUAUCUCUAAGCCACACAAAUAAUCUUGGUCUCACGUCCCACGCUGAUAGAACAACAGCCAAAGCUGCCCAGAUUUAUGGCUUCAUUUCUCACAAUUUCUAUUUUCCCUGUAUCAGAAUAAGACUUUAUUUUAUGUUUGUACUUCCCAUUGUCGAGUAUCGCUGCCCAUGGUUUGAUUUGAUGAAUGAAGCUAGUCGUUCAAAAAUUAAAAAUGUUCAAAAACAUUUUAUUAGAAAGCUCAUAGGCAUGGAACAUCCAAAUAUCUCCUACCCAGCUAAAUUUCAGAUAACUAACCUAAAAUUUCUAGUGGUUCGAAGACUGGGUCCAAGCUUCUCUCUCCUCUUUCGCAUUAAUAAUAGUUCAAAUCGUCCUCGAAUUUCUGUCCUUACGCCUAGUAGUCGCCCAUACAAUCUUCGCAAUUCUUCCUUGCUUAUACCUCCUCUUACUUCCUACACAUCUGAGAGCUCCCCCUUUUUUAGCUUUCAGGUAUACUUUCCUCUGGAAUAACCUUCCAUAAAUAUAAAAUCUUCAGAUAAUUUACAUACUUUUAAGAGAGGGCUGCGCCUCUAUCUGAAUACUGACUCGAUUAAACUUUUAUUUUCUUCAUACUUCCCGGAGAAAUUUCUCUAUGACGCUGAGUAAGGGCCACCGGAAAUUUGGGACGCCGCCAUUACAUUUCCGCAUCCGCCCACAUUUCCUUCUUUUGUGUGUAGUGUCGUUCCCUAGGACCCCCUAUCAGAAGUGCUAUUUUUUUAUCUUUUUCUGUUCUUGUGAUCAUCUCCUCAUUUCGCCCCCAAGCGCUCUAUCGACGUCCUUGGCGGGACCCUCAGUAUUUGUCAUCUACUUGGAGUUUGGUCGCCUCUCCCUUCCCCCUUCUUCCCUGGACUCGAAACGGAUUGUGACCUAUCACGUAUGGGUUCAUCUUGCCUAACCACUUUGACGUGGACGGCCUCAUCCAGCAUAUUAAUUCUACCUUGAUGAUGUCCGUUUCGAACGUUUUACUCAAUACCGCAUGCAGGCCAGUCCUGUCUAACCCGCCUACUUACCAUUUCAUGAAAUCCGUUAUACACCACCACUUGCAGGCCGAUCCUGCCCGCUUUUUAUACUUUCAUGAGCGACAGUUUUUUCUCCUAUAAUGUUAAUCCAGUCAUUUUCAUUUUGUUCAUUUGUAAGGAGUUUAUUCACUGUUCGCUCAUUAUUCUUCGUAACAUACCUGUCGAAUUCCUUGCCAAACGAGUAACGCGUAUAAGCCAAAACAGAUUUCGGUUUAUAUAAGGUACUAUUGAUAGAAAAAGGUAAUAAUGAAAAACGUAAAAACCUCAACAAUUGAUACCCCAGACAAAGAAUUCCUUUGUUAUUGUUCGAACAAAUCGAAUUCUCAGCUCAAGGUCAGAAUAAAAAGUUAGUUAAUUACAAGAACGCCGAUCACGCUCGAAAAAGGGUUACAAAAAAGAGGAAGGGGAAUGUCAACAGGGGGCCAAAUGUGGAAGCACUUGAGAGGAGGACGUGGAGAAUUCUAAGCGUUGACCAGCUGGAUACAACAAUACCACUUAUUCAACUACUAUGAAUCAAGUAUUGUAUGGAUUCUGUCUACCUAUUUUGAAAUUCAUGAAAAAGUUUAAUCUUACUAGCUAUGAUAGGACCCACCGGAGCUUGAGUAAAAAUUAUUAUUACUACUAUUAUUAUGUAAGGACAGACAUUUCGGCAGUGGAGAGAGCCCACACCAAAUUCCUUGAUCAUAAAUCUGCCUGGAUAAAGAUAAAGAAGAGGAACACACAAAACCCAGAAUUCCUGACGGUUUACAGACCACUAAAAAUUCCGAAUGCAGCUAAUCAGUCUCUCCUAUAUCUUGUCAAGGAGUUGCUAGUCACCAACAAGUUCUUAUUGCUGGAGAUUUCAAUGCACCUACAAUAGAGUGGAAACGGUGUUAGUUGACGGUGCUCCAACUUCAUCCAGCAAUAAAGUAAUGGUCCUCACACUCGACCUCCCUCUGGCACAUCACGUAAAGUCACCAACAAGAUUUCGAGAGAACCAGAGAGCCAAUUGUCUGGACCUAGUUCUUACGAAAGACUACGCUAAUAUUGACGAAGUAUAUUCUAGUGCGCCUCUUGGUAAAAGUGACCAUACUACGUUACUGUGGGAUUACUCGCUCUUAUUUCAGUGCCAGAAGAGAACAGAAGACCAACCUAAUACGUAGAACGUAGAUUUUAACACAACGAAGAACGAAUUGAUGUCUAUGGGUCAAAACCUUAUGCUCAAGGGAGAUCUGGGGGACAACUGGAGAUCGUUUAAGACGACUUCACCCGGUCUAAUUCGGUACUGUUAUCCACUUAAGCUACAAAAAACGACCAGUCGACCUGCCUGGUUAACUAGGGACCUGUAUGGGUAGUAAUAAAACAAAGGUAAAAGAUGGUGGAUAUUUAGGGAAACUGGGUCACCAGUGCACCUCGGGGAGUUUCUUCGUUAGCAAAAUGCAGUCAAAAAUGCAUCUGUCAGGCACGGAAGGAGUAUGAAUUCAGAAUUAUCCGACAGGCUGAACAGAAGCCCAAGAUUUUAUCUCACCAUAUUAACAGUGGACUGAAAAACAAGGACCGGUCACAAUACUGAAGUAUAAUAAUGGUGUAGAAAUCGUUGAAAACAGCGAGAAAGCCGAACGAUUGGAAAGGUACUUUGCCUCGGUUUUGGCCAGGGAAAUGGAGUUUCGGAGUCACAUCAUCAGCACUGCUGUUGGGACAGCUGGUCUCAUGCUUCAAUCCAUGCCCUUCCCGCCAACUGUCGCUGAAAGGAAUUGGCCAAGGAACUCUCCAAACCAAUAGCAAGCAUCUGCCGUUCGUCAUUUAAUUACGGAGGCUUCCAUCAGAAUGGAAGAUAGCAAAUACCCACCCGAUAUACAAGGGUGAGGCUCGCACUAGUGCUAACAAUUACCGGCCGUUAGUCUCACCUGCAUCUGCUGUAAAAUAAUGAAGAUCGAAGUAAAGAAAGCAAAAAUGGAGUUCGUGGGACAGAACCACUCACUCUCAGCGUUUCAGCACGACUUCAGACAACACCGCUCGGGCCUUUACAGUCUACUGUUCUUGACUGAGCUGUGAAAUCGCGCACUGGAUGAGAAUGGUAGGGUCGACGUCAGCUUAUUGGCUCCUCAUUUUUAAUGUGAACAAAUGCGUCGUCCUGAGACUCCGCACUAGAAGGACCAGUAAGGAAUGUGAUUCCUUUCAAUACCGCCUUGAUGGACAGCUCCUUUCAAGUGUUGAGGAACGGAAAGACGUCAGCGUCCUAAUGACCUCCUCCCUUAAAACAUCACCGCAGUGUCAGAAGGCAGUUGAACGCUCGAUACGGGUUUUAUUUGCGUUGAGGCGAGGACUCGUGUAGAUCGAUUAGGAGCUGCUUAAAAAAACGUGCGGAGUAUUCAUUCGGUCUCACUUAGAACACGCAGUCCGGGCCUGGCAACUGUGGUUCAAAAGGAUUAUAAACAACUGGAAAGAUUACAGACGACUGCUACGAAGAUGGUCAAGAAUCCUGAUCAUAUGCCUUAAAAAACCAGGCUAGCUGAACUAAAUCUGUUUCCUCUGAAUUACAGGUCACUGCGCGACAAUCGUAUUCAAACCUACCGAAUUGUUAGAGGCCGUCAGUGGGCCCUAGACUUUGGCAAAUUCUUCGAAUGGGCCGGGACGGGCCAUCUUCGUUGUCAUCCCUUUAAACUGCGGAGGAGGCUGACCCAUAUGGACGUCUGAUAGAAGACUUUCUUUCAGAGAGUCAUUGGGGCAUAGAACGGACUCCCUGAUGCGAUGGGCCUGUCUGAAAAUGUUGAAUCUUUUAAAUGCAGGCUAGACGCUCAUUUCCUGAGAAACUACUGCAUAUUAUAAUCACAGUUGUGUCACUGGGGCAUUUUGCGCCUGGCUUACACAUACCGAUAACUUUUGCGUUUUCCGAAUCAUUGAUGUAAUAAUUGAUUCUGUUGCUGUUUUUGGAUAUGAAUAAGGAGCUCAAGGGCAAAAACCUCAUUCCCUUAUUAAGCUGAUUUAAACUGACUAUCUUCAAAUACGAAGCCAGCGGUUUGACCUUGCCUGUUUCUUAAGAUAUUCAUAUACGCAACAUGCAUUAACACUCCAAAGUUGGUCACACGUGAGCGGGUACAGGGGUUGGACAGAUAUGCUUGCGCAUCGAGUCUUUAAACAUUUGAAGGAUUAGCCCAAAGGAGUACCCUUAGGCGCCUGCGCGACGACUGUUCACGAAUCAUCUUGACUCUUUUGCUAACCCAAUGCGACCCACCGGUUUACUUACUAACUUGGACUUAGGGUCCACUCUGUCCAGGAGUUUUAACCCAAGAGUAAGCGAUGUUAUUAUAAUAUCCACUGAAUUGCAUUGUCCGGCGUCCGGACGGGCAUUAUUUUGAAGCACAUGUCUGUAUUUGACCGAUUUUACCGCGGGAUGUUAACUUGCUUUUGGUUCUCUACAGUUUCCUUUCUGAUUUAGUCGACCCUCUUCAAACAAGUGAAGAUACGAGUUCCAGGAACUAGUUGAUAAGAAGAAGAGAAGACCGCUGGGACAAGGUGUUUAUUCGCCUAACGUUUCGGAUUCACGCUCGAGCCCAUCAUCAGAGUCAGUCACAAAUAUGGGUGAUUCGGGCGCUGGAAAUUACAGUGUUUAUAGAAUGCAGUCGCUAGGCUACCGCAUACCUAUGACAUGCAACUGCUCUCCCUUUCAUCAAGAACUGCUACCCGCUGAUGCGCCAACUUCUUGCUUGCCGUCAUGCAAGUUGUUGUUUGCCGAAAUCUCAUCGCCCGUGUCGGAUACUAGCGUGAUGAUUGCUCAGACAUCUGGCUCACCGGCCUGAGCGCUCCCCUAGUAGUUAAUUACUUUGUUCAGACUAUACCUCAGCACGGAGUAUGGAGUGGGGAUGUCGCUGCACUUGUUGGUGGACUGAGGACACGUGAACCAUGCCGCAGCUGCUCGCGGCCCACACGAAAAUCACCUCUCGAGAGGAUUUCGGCCUCAUCGAACUUGAAUGUGCAGCCGGGUCAUAUCGAGGUGAUUUUGACUUGAGAGUUGGCGUCAUUUCUCUACAUUGCUGCCGCGCGUUCAGUGACCCGCGUCCAGAGAAGUCUUCCAGUUUUUCCGGCGUAGUAGCUUUGCCGCAACUGAACCAGAUCCUGCAAAAGACUCCAGAGGGUUCUUACUGUGGCGAUGGUUUGAACGCAAAUCCGAACUGUCAAACAAAUAAAGCAAUUGUUCCAUCGAUCGCUUUAAUUCUUCUCCCAUUAAACAUUCAACCGUUCUGCUGUUCUCUAACUUUUCGGAGACUUUUGCAGCGGUGUUUAAUUUGGCCUGUUCCCCAUGUUUUCCAAAAGUUACUUAUCUUUAUAUCGGCUAGCUGUCUCAAAACCCUUCCAAUUUCCUGAUAUGUUGUCUAGUGCGCAGUCCAAGCAUCGUAUGAUAUGUUAGACUAUUAAAGAAAAGAAUCAAGACAUUUGGAGACGUCUUGUCUUCGUAUGGAUACCGAAUUUUGACUGAACUUUUAUGUUUGCCAUAUGCCUUAAGAAAAAGUACGGUAGCCACCAGUUUCUCAAACUUGUUUUACCUUUUCAGAGAUGACAACACAAUUUUUAAAAGGCGCCUAGGACAAUUAACACCCUUUGUUUUCGGGGAUGCAAACUGAAAUAUUUCAAGAUAAAAGGCUGGUAGAUCGCAUCAACGAAAUCAUAAGUACGAUGGGUCUUUUGUCUCAUUAUUUAAGGUGAGUCAAGCGGAUGUAGACCUCAUGCAAACUCGGAGGAUCCGCAUAAUUGGGUAUUUAAUUUUCACUAACGGUUUUAUUUUGCCAUUUAGCCAACAAACACCCAGUAAGCUGAAACUUGGCAAAUAUUCAUUAUCUUAUUUGAAAAGGCCCUAUUCUGUACGCUUUGAAGACUACGCAAAUCCAAAUCAAGAUUCAAUUGAUUGUCCCGAAAAUUUUCACAGGCUGCGGAGUGCAGGUAACCGUCAGCCUCCCAACACAAUGUUUGGAAAUCUCUCUAUCGAUCCACCAAACAGCUCGAUGUGGCGUACCUCCGCUGAGAGGGAAACUACUUGGCAACGGAAUGGUGUAAGUCACACUAGCGUCUUCAUGACUAUGUCUCAUUAAUUAGUGACGGAUAAUUAAUUAUUCAUCGCGAUCGCGAUUGAAGUUGGGUCUUUUUCAGUCUGAUUAAAAGCCAAGUGUUCACAUCAUCGUCGCGGAAACAGAAGACAAAAUAAAGAACGCAUUUAUCAAGCGUUCGUAGCUUGGACUUCCGUCUUGUUUUUAGAAUUUUCUAUGAAUUUUUCCUUAUGCCAUAGUUCUAUAAUCUGCCAUGUUCUUCGGGAAAGAGGAGUUCUCUGACGUUAUUUGUAAGACCGAUCCUACAACCCAACUUGGUUAAUUACGAGAAUGUUUUUGUCACAAAGCUCUUCCGUUUAACUAUUUAUAUUAAUGGAUAAACGGAUAAUAGUGAAUAAUGGUCGAGACGCCGUUGUAGAUACUUCGGAAAGGAGGUAAGUUGCUAUCGGACUUUAUUUGUCUGGGAGUGAAUGGUGUCAUCAAAAAAAACUGACCGCUAUCUUCUGAGUAAAAAGUUCUCUCAAUCUCAAACGACAGUCCCACAACCGUGAACUUUUUGGAAUUUCACUUUAUAUGCGUUCUAAACGGUGGUUUGACACCCUUAAGUAACGUGGAUGCCUUAAAGUCUUUUUACACCGCAAAGCAUUGCUUUAAAUGCUUCUUGAAAACUGAGUUUUGGCCUUAGUUUAUAGUCUACGGAAUUUUGAGACUUUCUCAGCGAAAUAACAUAGAUUGGAUAAGGUUAUUUUUUGGCAGGACUCCACAUGAAUGAGUAUGCGGCAAUUUAUUUUAAUUUUAUAUGUUUUUUGUCUUUUACUGUGAGCGAUAUUUUCUAGGCUUUAUGAUGUUUCUGAGCUUUGCAGAGGCUGUUAUGCACACACAGGAUUGGCGUUUUAAUUCAAAAAGAACAUACUUUAUCGGUCUACCGCCAAAUCUUGAUUAAUCUGAUUAAACACAGUUGGUGAAUUAAAUAAUGACAAAAAUAAUCUAAGUGGGCCUACCGGUUUUAAAAACUAUGCGUACAUGCUAUUGCUAAUGACGCUUUAUCCUUCAAAGCACUCGAAUUGGACAUAAUAAACAAAGUCCUGAAUUUUUUUGUUUGCCUUAUUGGAUGACAUUUAGUUUGCAAAGUCCUCUUUUGUUAUUUAUAAAGAAAAGCCAAAUUGUGAUUCCAAGAUUUUAGAUUUAAUCAGGCAGGCGCAGUCCAAUAGGUCCAGUUUUCUCUUUUUGACUAAAUAAAUCCGCUCUUACCACAAGAAAGUACUAUGUUGUCAUGGUUCCAUUUUCGCUUUUUUGAAUACAUUAGUUUUAAUAGUUCUGAUCCACGACUGUUAAUGGUCAUAGAUGUAGCAUUUUUCCGAUAUUCAUGUGCUGGCAGCAAACAGUGUGCACCUGUCAGCUAUUAGGCCAGUUUAGGAAAUGACAGUUCUCUGCCUGAUUUUAGAUAACUCAUUUGUAUUUGCUUUUCAAAUUCUCUGAUAUGCUUUUCGAGUCGACUUGUCUUUGAAAUUUGAAUUCGAUCAUUGUGUUCAUAGUUCAUUCUCGGACCUUUUACAAUAGGUGGGCUAACUCAUGAAAUGUCGACCGAAAUACCGAAAUGCAUUUUUGUUUCGAAAAGAUUAAUUAAAUAGGGUUGUAAAACUAGCCAGCCUGCAACAUAAUUAUAUAAUAUUUCAGUUACUUCAGGAUGCCGGCUUUCCAACGAACUUCCGUCCGGCUGCAUGCAAAUACCACACACUGUGAAAAUGACCACUUAAGAAGUAUGCAUUUUUUUUCAUUGAUUUUCGAUGCUUCUAAAUGUCCAAUUAUAUUUCAUAAAAAUAUGAAUAAUGUUUAUCAUUAUUCCGCAAAUUUGGUAGUAAAUUACGGCUUCUUUUAAUUUUAUACUCGAAAGAAGGGUAUAAUCCAGUUUUCAAAGACGUCUAAUUCCCGAAUAAUUUUGAACCCGCUCUGCCGUCACAUUUGCAUUUAGGGUUUCCGAAGUACGAACCAUAUAAUUUCCGCGUAGGGAAAACCACACAUUUCUCUACAGUAUUGAGAGAAGACUAUAUACGGGUUCAUGACAUUUAGCAUAGGAUUUGAUCCAUAUCGUUUACUUUACAAGCCACACCGGUAAAUGCAGAUACAUGAUUUAUGAAAGACCAUUUUACGGUAUUUUAAAUUCUCACAGUUAAAAAAAUUUUGAAAACCGAAUUAUGUCCCUCUUUCGAGUAUAAAUUUGAAAGAAGACGUAAUUUUCUACCGAACGAGCGAAAUAAUGAAUAUUUUUGUGCAUGCUUUCCUUGAAAUAUAAUUGGACAUUUAGGGGCAUCGAAAAUCAAUGGGAAGAAUGCAUGCUACUUAAGUAGUCAUUAUCUACAGAGCAUAAUUUUUGUAUGCAGCCGGAAGGAAUUUCGCUCAAAAGCCAGCAUCCUGAGGUAACUGGACUAUUAUAGAAUCAUACUGCAAACUGAUUAGUUUAACAACCUAACGUAAUUAAUCUUUUCGAAACGAAAACGCAUUUCGGAAUUUUGGUAGACAUUUAAUGAGUUAGCGUACAUACUACACACUUGAGCGAACCUCAAACCAAAUAAAUAUAAGUAAGAAGACAGAAGGUAAUAUUUGACUUCUUUAGUCUUCUUCAAAAUACAUGAGUUAACGGGGAGUACCUCAUUUGGAAUAAGGCCUUUUAGUCUCAGUCUGAAAGUUGAUAUACGUAGCUGGGAUAAAUAAUUGUUUUCUACAGGUUAGCAACCCGAUAAUCAUAAAUUAUCAACGGACAGUCAGUAGUAUACUCAUGUUGCACGGGUCAUCAUACCGGGCUUUAAUUAGUAUCUGUGCUGUAUGUAUGAUGAAACGUGUGCGCAAAUAAACUUUCGUGCAACGUUUGAAGCCAAACGCAUGCGGCAUGUUAGCCAGUCAUCCUCGGAAACAGCAAACGGUUGUGAAACUUUUGACGAGUCUCUCAUUUGGGACAGUCUUUGGAUUAGAAAACCUUUAAAAUGAUGAUCAUUGCAAUAAACUAAGUUAGUUUCGACUUGACUGGAGUUAUUAUAAACGGAUAAGCUGCAAAAUAAACAGUAAGGCAUUAAAAACCUUGAUUUCAACUGGUCUAUAAACAAGCGUCUUUUAUCUCUAUUGGCUGCAAAGAAACGAGGAGGCUCGGUAGUCUACUCUGAUAUCAGUUGUUGAGUGCUUUGUCUUUCUUUACAUUUCAUGACAAAUCUUCGAAAAGUGAAAUAAGGUCGGUGCGUUCUAGUAGGUGACCCUUUUGCAGUUUAUGGUCGCAUAGAUAUACUUGGCAAAAUGGCGAAAGUAUUUAUCGUCAGAAACCACCUGGUCUUUAGCAUUCACCUGAAAUGCUAUGUCGAAAAUGGGUAUGAGUUAAUUAAGUUAAUGGAUUUUGUCGAGAGUUGCCAAACAGAACGCUUUAGACUAAUAGGAAAAUAUAAUUGGAGUAAUUAUCCAUUGACGUGUUUUCAUUUACUUAUUAUUACAGGUCUCGCAAGAGGACAUAAUUAAUGUAAUUGACACUCUCCGAGCGGAGCUUGUUGCUGCAAGAAAAAAGUCCGAAUCUCUGGAACUUGAGAAGAAAAAAAGAAUUUGGGAGAAAGAAAAUGAAAUUCUAGAGCUGGAGAGUUCGCUUAAAUCAUUAAUUAAUGCUACUAAAUCUAAAGAAAGGGUAAGUUAUUUUGACAUACAUGCGUUAGAAAUUUCCACUUCUAACAACCCCAACAAGUUGGUUCAUCUUAUACUGUUUUUAAGAAUUGGCUCGGCUAAGCAUAGCGACAAAUAACUCAACUGUCUUGCUAAUGCAUAAUAAUCUCGUAGGCCAACAAUAAUACAUAAAGUAUUCAGUCCAAAACUUGAAAAUGCAAGGUUUUAGUUCGGAAUGCAGGCAACUUCUAUUGAUUCGGUCGAUGAGACACCUGCUGCUUCCUAAGAGAGAAAAAAGAGUUAUCCAUUUGCGCGUCUUAUAGGAAUCGUUUCCAGGUAAUUUGAGGUAGGCAUAUCUUUCAAGUAUAAAUAUUUUGGCCGGCAUCUCAACUUCCUUACAUGCGUGGACAAUGCAAAAACGUAGUGGAAUAGGGAAAAUGAGUACUCAUUGAGCCAGACAUUUCCUAUGCAAUCUCUAAAUUAUAGGCAGUUGUGUUUGAGCGCUGUUCAACUUCAUUGCUUCCACUAAUUUCUGUAAUAUUGAACAAAUCAUAAACUGUGAAAUGUAUCUAGACAUUCAGUGCGCAGCCCUACACGACUGUCAAGAAUGCGCAACAUUACGGAGAUGAGUGUGUGCACCCCUCAAACCGACCCAAUGACGAUUCUCUAGAAGUAUUUUUAGAAAGGCCUGAUACCAGGUAAAUUAACGAAUGCGCAAUUACACAAACAUUCCUUUGUUUGUUAAGGACGUGAUGUACCAUUUUAGAUGCUUUAUAUUUGCACGUUUUUUGUUAACUUCAAAAAUAUGCUGUAGAACCUCAAACCUUGAUUCAUGUAAUUGCUAUAGUUUAGUGGACCCUUAUCGUCUUAGCCUCCCUCAGGCUGCCACUUUCAUUUGUGGCUGUCUCAGCUAGAGCAUUUUCGGGUGAAAGUCGGGUUUUAUGUAUUGUACACAAGUACUUGGAGUACUUUUAGGCUUCUUAAAAAAUUUUCAACUAUUCGAGGAGGCGAAAGUAGACUAAAUCAAAUCAGUAGACUACAUCAAAGGAAGCAGAUUACAAUUAUUGUUCGAUUUUUCAAGAAUAAUGCUAGAUACUAGUCGCCGGUGGGAGUAUAUGCUCUGUUUCUACCCUGGAAACUAUGGAGUGAUAAUAGCGAGCCUUUAAUUUUAAUUGACUGUUAAGAGGUCAUUUGCGUCCUCCUGAAAUGAGAAGCCUAUGCAAUCGGAAGAGGUAGUCUGUGAACGAAUUCCACAUAUUCGGACAUAUUUCCUAGUUUGCCAAGACUUACAUUUUACAAUUGAUAACAUUCUGUGUUAAACCAUAUGCUAAAAUUGACUUGUUCCGAAAAUCACCGUUCUUAAAGGUGGUUUCUUCAGUCUUCCCGACUUAAGCAUAUACAUACUUGAAGUACUGACAGCCGAUUGCGUCUCCAUUAGGGUACAUUGAACAGGAAGUUAUAUUCAAUUAGUGUUGCCACUAUGUCUUUGAUUAGUUCUAAAUUAUUUACGCCAUUUUCAAGAAAUGCGAAACCAACCAACGUGGGAGGCAUGGGAGAGCAAUCACUUAAAGCUGUCGUUCAGCCCCCGGAAUUUCCUGAAAAGUUCUGCUGUCGAAACGACCGAAAACAGGACUAUUUGGCAGAAUUGGAGGGUCACUUGGCAGAAGUCGAUAGGAAGGCUGAGGUGAGUGGGUUCCUGAAUAUUCUCAACAUGGGUUGACUUAAACCUCCGUCAUACACUUGGACAAAAAAUAAUGAAAAACCCAAGAAACCACUUUUUAUCUAGCUCGUUUAACGAGGGUUCCCUUACUCUAUCUUCAUAACCCACCGGUGGUUUUUGCAAGAGUAUUCUCAGGAGGGUCUGAAACAUUAUACUUCAGGACUAAGGCCCAAAUACAAAGAAACUGUCAAAAUUAGACAAUUAUUCUCCUAGUUUCGGAAUUUAUCUCCAUACAAAAGCGUUGAUGGUUGCUGGCUUAUCAGCCGUCUUUCAAGAGCUUUGGAGUACCUUCAUGCAUAGAUUGCUCGCAAACCGUUUUCCAAAGAAGGUGGACAUCUUUUUAGUUGACUGUUUUUGCCGUCGUUUUAAAAAGUGAAGACUUAAGUUGUCUAACUAAAGUAAGUACAUCCUUCGUUUUUGCCCGACUGGAUGCAUUGCUAUGCGGGUCAUAGACAGAGCUCUAUAUUUUGUCCCAUUAAAUCUCGAUGUGUGAAAGUGAGGCUGAGUACGGCAAAAAGAACGGCCGAUCUGCCCGCUUAGCUUAAUCAUGUCUAGCGUUGGGGUCAAAAAACCCACUCAUAAGUUUGUUUUAAGAAACCAUAGCGGCUGACCAUAUGAAGUCUUAAGUAACGUUUGUAAGUGCUUUCGCCCUAACUGUUUCUUCUUCAGAAGGUGUAGCAGGCCAUGCGCGUCUAACAGCAUUAAGACAAUUUCCUUAUGAAAGUGAUAGCGCUUGUCGUUGUAUGGCUACAUAGAAGUCUUGAAGAACCGACAACGCGGCAGGUCAAUCGUAAGACCACAGAGCCCUUACAUUGCAGGCAUCUCAACACCCAAAUAUCUGCUAGCUCGACGGAAAGGUCGGCGUGCUUAUAUUUAUAGGAAGAUUUACUUAAUGAACUCAUCUAAGACUGCCGUUGGCAUCUUGGAGAGAGCAUGUCCAGAUACCUGUGACGAUACGGUUCUAAGUCUCGCUGAGCCCAGUGAGUAAGAGAGAGAGAGCAAUGCACCAAAUCACAAUGGUAUUACUAACUUCAUAUGAAAACAACAUAAACGCGCUGAUGCCAUUGAGAAAUUAGGCCUAUACAGUUACAAUGACGUAAUUUGUUUUCGGAGAUCCCUAUAACGUGAUUUGAUUUUUCACAUCCAUUUCGUGGUGGAGGACUUGCCCAGACAUAACAGGAUGACCUAUUUGGAUGGCGGCUGCUUCAGACAGUUCGUCCGUUUGCAUCAGUGAGAAUGACUACUGGAUUGUAUGUUCCCCUACUUGAGAACGUGCAGUUUGUCUGUGUCAGUCCACGCUAGAGCAACAAUACCUAUCAUUUAAUGCAAAAAGGCACAGUUCCGGUUGCUUUCACACAGAAAUGGGGUUAAGUGCAGAUGUUAUUAACCGAAAUUCUGAAAUGCGUUUUCGCUUCAAAAAAUAACCUAAGUAGGGUAUUAAAAUUAAUCAUCAUGCAGCAUAAUUUUACAAUAAUUCAGUUAUUUCGAGAUGUUUGCUUUCGAACGAACAUCUUCCCGGCCGCAUGCAAAACCAUACCCUGUACAAAAUGACUACCCAAGUAGCAUGAAGUUUUCUCAUUAAUUUUCGUUGACUCUAAAAAUUCAAUUAUAUUUCCUGGAAAACAGGCAUAAAAAUAUUCGUUUUUUUCUUAUUAGGUAGGACCUUACUUCUAUUUCCAAUUUUAUACUCGAAAAAAGUGCAUAAUUAGGUUUUCGAAAACUUUUUCAAUCCCCGAAUAAUUUUGAACCUGACCUGCCGUUGCACUCGCAUUAAGGGUUUACAAAUUACACACCAUGCGUUGUAAACUCUAAAGCAACACUGGUGAAUGCAGAGACAUGAUGUGUUAUGAACGGACAUUUCACGGUACUAAAAAACCUCACAAAUAGAAACUUUUUGAAACCGAAUAAUGCCCCUCCUUCGAGUAUAAAAUGUUCUACUGAAUGAGUAAAAGAAUGAAUAUUUUUAUGCAUGUUUCCAUGAAAUACAAUUGCAUUUGUGAGGGCAUCGAAAAUCAGGGAGAAAAAUGUAUGCUAGUUGAGUAGUGAUUUUUCACGGGGUGUGGGUUUUGUAUGCGGCCGGAAAGAUGUUUGUUUGAAAGCCAGCAUCACGAGGUAACUGAAUUAUCAUAGAAUUAUGCUGCAUAAUGAGUAAUUUUUAAGACCCUACUUAGGCAAUCUUUUCGAGGCGAAAACGUCUUUCGGAAUUUCAGUUAGCGUUUCAUGAGUUAGCACACGUACUGUAUAUUUCAACAACCGGUCGAAUCCUCUAGUUUCCCCUUCAUGGGAAUGCUAAACAAACAAAGUGAUACUUUACCACUUGCGUUUUGUGCCAUGGAAAUGCGCCUCAGUAAAGAUGUCCUGUUAUUGGGUAGACUUCUUGAACUCAAAAGGAGAUGUCGAGGCUGUGAUUGCUAAUUCAACAGACAAGUCCUUUUUGACAUUCAAUUGUCGUGAAUACCACCUAAAACGUGUCGCAGGGUAGCAACUAUUUGACAGGAUCUCGUCUAAUGCUGAAGUCGUCAGGCUUACGCUUGGUUUCAACUGGAAAAUCUGCGGUCAUAUUUAUUGCCUAAUGCUUUAGUACUCAGUGCUUUGAAUUCAACGCGUUUUUCCCAGUUAAAAGGACGUAAUGUUUUAUUAUUCUUGACUUACUAACGCAUUGAAUCUGGAAUUCCGCUUUCAGUUUUGGAUACCUUUGUGGGUGACAGCUGGAGUUAUCUUGAAACCGUAUCACGCUUAUGCGAAGGUGUGAGAAUAAUAAGACCGUGGUUCAAGUCUCUUAACGUCUGAGGAUUUUUUACACACAGGCUUUUCAUUUUUGUAGGAUAGGACAUCCACAAUUGUGCAAAAACUCCAGGCCCUUGAGCAGGCUCUUCAAAAGUCGGAGAAAAACGAGGUCCCAACACAAAGGGAACACGACCCUCCUCAAAAGGCGCGACCCGACCAGUCGCCACGCGCAGAAGCCCUGCAGGUAACAGAGCUGCUGCUUUCGUUUCUCUCGUUUCACUCCUGUGAGUGUGCAACGCACCGCACCACAGUCUGUUCUAUCCACCAAAAGCACACUUGAUCACACAACUGACCUUUACCAUUGUUUGCCUUUAAUGCCAGGAGGACAGAGCCAGGAAGCAGUACGAGGAAUUCUAUGGGGCGGCUGUGGAAGCCCUUGAGCUUGGAAAGCAUAUUCUUAAGGAUGUGGACGAAAUGGCGUUUAACAGCCUUUUUACAACUGGCCACCGGGGGGUUCAUGCGUUGCCGUCAAUAAUCUUUUGUCUCUAUUCUGCUAUUCGAGUAAGUCGCUAGCCUGCUUUUUCUGCUUAAUUCUCCUUCUCGGUUUAAUUUCGCCUCCUCUUCACUUAUCUUCCCCAAAGACAUAUUUUCUUUCCCAGCCUAUAAAAGGUCAGUUUGUAUUUCCAGGCGACGCUUGAGGAAGUCAAGAGUCUUUUGGACGGCGACGUACAGAACUGCCGGCCAAGCUGGAGUCAGUAGAUGUCUUCGCCUACAGGCUGAAAGAAAGUUUGAGAGAGAAACAAACGUAGUUGCAAACCCCUUCUAAAUGAUUUCUUAAGGCCUAAAACCUUGGACAGCUGCCGUACAAAGUAGACUCUCCACAUUUAACAUUCUCAUACUGAUUCAAUCAUAUAGCAUUUUCUUCCAAAAAGAGAUUAUUGCUUUUCCAUCCGCGUCCUGGCUGUGUACGGAAAGGUAGCUAAAAAGACAAGUAACAUGAACAACGGAGAUGCAAAAAUAUAUACAUAAGUCUAGCACUCUUCAACUGACCGUGAAAAGUAGGCUGAAACCGUAACUUGGUCAUCGCAGCUUAACGGGAAAAGAUUUCUGUAGACCUUUGUAGACGCUUGCAGUUUUGGGCAUUUAGAGGUCGUCAGCAACUGAUUUACCGAAAUCUAACCUGAGUCGGUAACGCUGGAAUGGACAAUCCUCCUUAGGUAUCCCCGACUAAGUUCUUCGUAACACAACCCCAACCAGUGAAUUUUGUAAUGACCAAUUUGAAAGACUUCGAAAGGAAAGGGGAAUAGGUACCUCCUUGUGUGGCGGGUGAUUUUGCAGUAGAUUCUGGGAGAUGCCCAUUCCCGUGUUCUAACCCUAACGCUAACCCUAAGCGAAACACUAACCUUAACCCUACUCUAACAAUGACCCCCCCCCCCCAAAUUAAGCGUAAUGCACCCAAAAUGAACAAUUAGCAUCCUAACCUCAUUGCAAUAUGCUUUGCGGUCGAUCAUAGUGAAGAGAAAUCAGUUUGCUCGAAGCCUUCACUGUGGCUGCAUGUAUAUAUUCAGUUAAGAAACUGAAGAAAACUGUUCAUUUUUCCAUUUCUAGACCUUGAGAUCUAACCUGGCCUCCAAAACGGCAAAAUACCAGCAGUCAGCUGAAGUUAUAAAAAACAUCAAGGAGGAAAUCUUGUCAGACAAAUCGAAAAUGGCGUCCGACUUCGAUAAGAGGUGAUUUAAGAAAUUACCUACAAUCCCCUUGUUGAACUCUUCUUUUGCUUUGCAAAGCACCACUUCUGCCAUUUGAGGCUCUGACAGCUACAGACAUAAAAAUGCUCAGGUUUUGCAGUAUGAAGCAUUCAGUGACGUCAAAAAAACUCUGCGAUGGUGCUAAGCAAACAUAUUUAAGAAUCAGCUGUUGAUUAUGGCUGAUAAUGGGGACUGGGCUGGAAAUAGCCGUUUCAAUCUCCGUUGGUUUGUCGACCGGCUCGCUGACCGCUUGCCGUCACGCCAAGAACUGAGAUUACUUCAUGCUAGAGGUACAAGUCAAAAUAGGCCGUCCGUACUCAGUCCUGCAAGCAGAACAAAUUGAGAAGUGUCGCUGUAGUGGGAUUUUGAAUUUCCACAGGUGCAGCUGACAAAUUAGGAGCUAGUGAAUCAGUGAUGAGGCCUUAGUCUACACUAACGUAUGGUUGUUUGGCAUAAACCCUGGGAUUGACAGGUCUGCGGAUGGCGUAUAGCUGACUGACGGCCGCAUCGGAAAUACCCCUCGCUCCUAUUUCAUGAUUUCUAGAUGACCUUUCUGCACUUUAGCGGCCGUAAUUAACCGUCUUAAAUAAAAAUGGACGCAUAUUGAUCAGAACGAAUGUUUCUGACCCAUUAUCGCCAACAAGCAGUCUUAGAGAGAAAAAAACCAGACCCUGUGCUCAUCUCUCAUUCAUUACGAUGUCAAGCGUGUAGUUUUUAAGAAGAUCGACUGUUUGCGGGAUAGGUGGAGGUUUUGAUUAACUGGCUUGAUUGUCGGGCAACGCGCGCGACUUCACUCAGUAGUCCAGAAUGCUUUACUGCUGGGCGGUUAUCGAAUUACAAGAGGCCAAAUCUCUCCUUGGAUCAAAAUCGUAAGGGGUUAAUAGGCCGUCAAAAUAUAAAGGAUCGACUCAAUCAAUCUUAAAAUAGCUAACUUAUGUACAGUAGUCUGAAAAACGGCAUAGGGGAGGGAAUGGGCAGCAUAGAAAUAUCAACGUCUUUCAUCUUACAGGCCGCUACAAGUAAUGGGAUGUAAAAAAUUGUACGCAACUCCUUAAACAGUUUCCUGAGACUGGUUCUGCUGCAGUGAUGCAUAAGCUGGGUAAAGAAUUUGCCCAACUUGUUUGCUGAUGGCCAUGCAACCUCAACCAUAUGAAAGUUUGGGUUCUUUUGCAGAUUCAAGGAGGAGAAGUCCAAAAUGCAUUCUGAGCUAGCUGCCGCCAUCCAGCGGGCCGAAGUGGCCACUCAGGAAGCCCGAACUAUCAGUGAGCGAGCCAACAAGGCCCGGGAAAGUCUUCAGCAGGAGCUCGUCGAAAAGAACAAGACAAUUACUGAGUUGAGAAAGGUGUCGGCUGAUGAGAACGCAAAGUUAAACGUACGUCAUUUGGUUAAGCUCGUAAUGGUAAUGCGUAGCCCUCGCGAAUAAAAGUCAACAGCACUGUAUUUUGAAAGGAAAUCCUAUCCGAACAGAAACUACUUUUAACCGAUUGCCAACUUGUUGACCACCGUCAGGACGUUUUAGCUGUGUGCGACAUCCACGCCGCCCGAACACUGGAAAGUCUUUGCUCCAUGACGUAGCAUGAAACCCGAUUUAUAGUUUAGUUUUCACUUUAUCAUGGCCAUGAGACGUGGCCAUUUUGAAUACUAUCUCAAUGAAGGACUGGUUCUGUGUGUUUAGCUAUCUCCAAAACGGAUUUGGCUCGAGUUUAGGCGAAAGUCCGAAUUCCAGGUGUAUGCAUAAGUGAAGAAGAAGAGGAGUCAAGCACCGGACCACUUUGUUUAUUGUUCUGAGCUUUCGAACUCAUGCAGGAGUCCAUCGUCAGAUAUGGUAGCAGCAACAGAACAAGCGACAGCUAUAGGACGUGCAAGCCAAUCAUCGGCCAACGACGCAAGACUGGAGGUGACUGCGUAGGGCUCUGUACGCCGGCGCCAAGCCGAUAAAUCGAUUGACGAAGUUCUAAUCCGAGGUCCAGACUUAAAUCAGUUCUCGAUCUGUUUUGUUGCCGGCGUGAACGAAUAUUUUGGUGGUUACGAAAUUAAGUUCAUUAUCCGUUUUGUAGAGGUAGUCGGCUACUUGUGAUAGCGCGUUGCCCCAUCGCACAGCCAGCUUAUGUUCGUGUAUGCCCAGUCCGAGCAUGUGUCCAGUCUGGCCUGCUCAGUUACGAGGACAGUUUUUGCACGGGAUGCGAUACACUACUCCAGAUGGCUCCUCAGGCUUUAACCGGUCUUUAGUUUUAAUGUCCCCACUGCGCAUGGUGCCUUUGGAGCGAUGUGCAAUUCCAACACCUAACUCCGCAGCAAUGCGCUCGGUUGCUUCUGAAACGUCCUUGAUGUAUGGCAGAGAAUGCCAUAUCGUUGGUGGUUUUGAUGUUUUAAGCCUCUGGAGGCGACCGCGUAGGCAAUUACUUAUGAAUGACUUCGGAUAGUUAUUUUUUAUAAACUGCUCGCAGAGAUAACGGGUCUCACAUGCUCACUAAACCGGAGACCGAUGAGCCCAUUUGGAGUUCCCUCUGGCUAUCUGCAGUGUGGGUGUCGUAUGACGCAUGUUCAACGACAGCAUGAACUAUGAUUCUAGUUUCUGUGGGAGUCAGUGGAACCUCAGGAUCAUAAUUGGAAGCCCCAUCGAAAUAACGUUCGCCAAUCUAACCUGACUGUAGGCCGGAAUACAGAUAACCCUGUUUUGCCAUGGAGAUCGGGAGACAGCAGCCAUACGUGACCUUGCAUAAUGAUUGUCGCUGCCAACUGGAUGUUAACGUGGGGCUCGCGCACGGACGAUAUUACUCAAGUUAGGAGACCAAAGAGCUCCAGUUCAAGCCGAGGGUCUCUCUAGCCUGGGGCCGUAGCAACGUCGACUGGUGGAGACAAGUAUGUCAAAAGAGUUAUUGAAGUCUUCCUUUUUUGGCUGUUGGUCCUCACAACGGACUGCAAUGCAGACUUGUUGGACUAGAAUGGCGGUCAAUCUGGUCCAUAGUUCACCUUCAGUGGACUUUGCUGAGUCCGCUCGAGUCAGUAACUGCUGCCGUACAGGCGUGUGGUGGGAAGCCAUAGACGUAGGCUUUUACGCCUCGUCAGCCACUGUGCCCGAAUGCCAUUAAUCGUCGGUUACCAGGCCCGGACCGUGGAGUGGUGCCUGAGAGAGGGAAGCGAGAGCGAAGCUUACACUUAGAAAUCCAUCCUUCCACAACAACAGCGUAUUAUACCCCAUAAAACAAAUCUCACGAGCUUGAAUCUAUCACGUCACGCUAAUAAUCGGAGUUUGGAGGGUUUCCAGUUGACAGGAUAACUGGGUUCUUCCCAGUACUGGGCUCAAGCUGCAAUACGUCCUUCUUAAUGUGGCCUGUAUGUCAUUACGACCCAUGUAGGACCCGAGCCGCCCCUUUAGUAGCCUGACGCUCGCAGUGGGGACUAGGUCGCAUGUGUGGCACGCGUAGACGUGCUGCUUAGCUUUGUCAGUCGUUGCGCCCGUACUCACCUCCGGUCGUCCUGACGUUGUCUCGCCGUCGGAACAAGGUGGGUUAGGAAAGAGAGAGAGUUUGGUGGACGCUGCGCGAUUCUGCCUCACUCUAAACUAAUCAAGACGCAAGACAUCAGUGCUGCACCCACUUUGUGUGACGCGUGGUGGACUUUAUCGCUUGCGAUGACCGAAACGUCGUUCCUGUCAUUGCUGACUGUACCACUAUCCGAUUCCGAUUUAUCCUAGGUCACUGAUUCUACCCAGUCCCAAUACCCAGUGUAGGUGGAGUGUGCUUACUUGAAAGGGCUUGUAAUGUGCCAGCUCGAAAUAAGAGUUUGAUUUGUGAUAUCUUUAUAGACAACAAACUUCUGCCAAAGACAUCAUUGCCACGUGAUCCAUGCUUGCUUACACACCCGAUCUUGUACUCGUUUAUUUCCUCUGCCUGAAGGACGUCACCCUAUUCACCAAAAUUGGGCUGUAUGCAGUUCAGUCAUGAGUGAGUACAACUGUGACUGACCGUAUAUCACUGGGCGGGACGGCGUGUUAGGUUUCCAAACAUGUUUAACUUCACAAACUUCGGGAGUUCCUGAGUUUACUUCUUUUGUCCUUUGUAUUUAACCAAUAGCAGUUCGGACUCACCGACGAGGAAAUUUUAUUUUGUCCCUUCAACUAAUACCAAAGUUCUUCAGUGUAAAAGAAGCUUAAGACGUUUGAAGGAAAUGCAAGAGUCGCAAAAGGUGUUUUUGACAGGUAAUAUUAUUUGAAAAGCGUUGUCUCUCUUGCCCGAGCUUGGGCGAGAGAGUAAACAGAAGCAUUUGUUAUUACACAGCUGAAGCAAAGUCGAAGGGCUUCAUAUAUUUAUUUAAGGAGCUCUCAACGGCAGCGCCCCUCCGACAAUCGUUUUUUGGAAAGCGUAAUGCGUAAGGGAAGUCAUUCUUGCCAACACCCACUGCAGUAAAAGACUUGCUUGUCAUUAUCAGGCAUCUAUGUCUUAACCCUGUUGGGAAAGAGCUGAGGUCUGAACCAAACCGAAUUUUGUAGGUGUAGAGCUGCGGGUUAGCGCUGUUGUUUGCGACCAGGAACACCCAAAAUGACUUGAACAUGGAGUUUGCAUUUUGCGCCUCAUUGCAAGACUACAUCCAGCUUAACCGAUUGGCUCUGCAGCUAGUGCCCGGAGCUCUCACAGGCAACGUAACUAAUAGCUUUAAAUGGUCAUUUUGGGCUUAUUUGUCGUUGAGUGGCAGGAAAGGAGGGAGGAUUCAAUUUGAAUUAGAUUGGUCUCUGAGCCAUUUACAAAUUAAUUGUUGGUCACAUGUUUCGCUUAAGCUACGACGAAGUCGGACCAGACGAUGGAAGUUUGCACAUGCAUACUUGUAUUGCUCGAGGUCCUAGAUAACACAAAAGACCACCGAAUUGCCUAGUAGAUUUGGAAGGCCAGCAAUAAGAUAUUGGUCAAAACGGAAAAAACUUUUACCAGCAAAAUCUGGUCUCUGAAACGUACUUAAAUGUUGAUUUUUGGACAUACCUAUUGUUGCUUCGGCCGAUGACUGACUUCCGUUUUGCACUAUCCGUAGGCGAAUAUUGCGACGCUGGAGGCCAAAAUCCAUGCCCUGGAAACGUCCGUGGAGGAAUCCAGACGCGAGACAACUCGAGUAAAAACUGAACGCGACGAGGCAAAAAAGCACUACUCCUCCCUGACGGCUAAACUGGAGGCAAGAGAGGUAAACGCCUAGACCUACCAUCUGCAACGCCAACCUAUGCAAGUGCUUUGAGGGAGUCUCCGUAGUUUCCAAAUAAAAUAAUUAGAAAUAACCGUGAAGGGAGAUUCCGAUUGUACUAAUUAAACCGGACCCAAGGCAUUAAUUGGAUUGGACAGUACACAAUCACCGCAAGCUGAGAUCAGACUGCCGGCAUAUCUAGGCAGUGGAGAUGGUGAGGUAGAUUUAAACAUGAGGCCUUUUUGUCUUUCGCUAUCACUUACUUUAUUCAUUAUCAGGCUGGGCAAACCUAAUUGUGUUUUUUGUCGAAUCUAACUCCCCUGUAUUUUGAUCCCUCUCGAGACCUUUCUUGCUAAAAGUCUGCUGUUUCUUUGUUUUGAAUUUUAUCCGGCUUUGAUUGCGCUAAAACGGCAAACCAUCCCUAUGCAAAAUCGAUAGUGUCCCUCGACAAAAGAUGUGAUGGGUAAUUCAGAAAAAAUUACGAUAUUGUCAAGUGGGCGAGUAACUCUCAUAUGCUGGGGUUGAAAUUUUGCUUGAUCCAAUUUUGUUCGCCGUCAGCUGAGCUACUGGCGAAAACGAACUUUUUAGCGGACGACACAUAACACAAACAGUGUUCUCCAACCAAAGAUAUGAUGGAUAAAUCGGAAUAAGUUAGACAACUGCAAUAGCUGGUGCACAGGAGUAUUUUACUGACAACUUGUAAGUGUCCGAGAACUGAGGAAAGCAUAAUGUCUCUCUCAGUCGGACCGUGUGUAGCACCGCCGAGGACAGGCUACCAUGCGAAAUCUUCAGUCUUUCAAGCAGGAACUGUAAAAACAAGUAAGUAGGUGAUCACGUUAUGAGAGUGAUGAACUCCCAACCCACAUUUUAGUUUGAGGAAUUAAGUUACUCGGUUGCCGUGUUGCAGAUCCUGCUUGCCUAAAGUUCCCAAUUUAAAUAAAAGUUAAGUUGCUCGGAGAUAGAGCACAAUAAAACGGUCAGUAUAAUUCCCCCACCCAACGAACGCAGGCGCUAACGGGCGAACUUCGCAUUAGAGCGAACUGUUUUUCCAGUUAACAUUUCCAGCUCCAUGGCAGAGGUCACUAUUUCAUCUUAUAAAACAUGAAUAAUUAACUGUCCAAGCACUAGCACUCUCCCUGCAAUUAUAUGGUAGUAUAGUUAUUACAACUCGCUUUUCAACCAUCUGCGUUUCAACACUAAAGACUAUUAAUUUUUUACACUUCUAGUAAGCUUCUUGUUCAAAAGACAAUGUGGAUGACAUACAUCUGUUUUCUAUAAAUUCUCUUCAGACCUGCACAGUUAUAUUGUUAUUGAAAUAAUGAGUAAACAGAUGCGGGCCUAGGUGCUGUUUUCCACUAGUCGUAUCACAUACGGAAAAACUACCAGCCCAGACCACCUCUAUGCGUAUUUACUUAUUCACCUGCUCCGGUGGGGCAGAAUAUAUUGGUCGUGCGAGUCGGCGUCUGUCCAAAAGAACAGGAGAACAUCUCCCAAAAUGGUUAGAAAAGGGUCAAAUGAGGCACGUUAACAGCUCUAUCCUCGCCCACAUAGUAGACACAGACCAUCGUGUAGGUGCCAGAGAGGUCGCUUUAGUUAUUUACAAGGUUUUUUCAAACUAUCCGAAACAACUUGGGCAGCGUCUGUUGGCCACGGCAGAAACGGAUGCAAUCAGGUUACGUAAACUUGGACCUCCUCCUUGACCGGAGGCGGUCUGAGAGUCAGGCUGCAAUGGCUCCUUUUUAAUGUGGCCUUUAUGGCACUCCCAUCAGAGUGUGGGAUCCGAGCCAGGCGUUGGUGGCACGCCCAGGUGCGGCUUCGGCCGUGCCAGCCUCCAAAUCUCUGUUGUGUUGGUUGAAAUCCUGGUUAUUUGUUGUGUGGACCAGGGGGUGUGGUGGAACGCCAAGGUGAGGAUCCGUCCGAGCCAUCCACCUGCGGCCACUCUCGUCUCCGGUCUUCUUGACUCUGUCUUGACACCGGGCUUGGGCGAGGGAGGAGGAGAGAGUGUAGGUAGAUGCUACGCAAGUCAACUGGCACUAUAAACCCCUGCGUAAGUCACCGUCCCGGCUCCCAUUGCUGCUGUAACUGUGGGGCACACGGUGGACAUCAUCGAAAACGAUGGUCGAACUGUCAUGGUCCAAAGCCACCAAGCUAGCCACCCGCAAAUGAUUACCUUUCCGGAUGGCUGAAAUUUUUUCCUUUCAUUCUUUGCCCCCCAAACCCGAACUACAGCAUAAUUAUAUACUUGCCCGGACUUGAAGAGAAUGUAUCAAAAGCAAACGUGUGCUCGCUAAGUUGUCUUUUGAAUUGUUCCAUUGGAAAUUUCAUAACUCAAAGCGCCUUAUGUGUACGCCUUUCCCCUUUAGGAGCACGUCCACAAACUGGAGAAUGAUUUGAUGGAUAAAACUGACAAAUGGCAUAGUGCUGAGCGGAGACUUCAGGAGGCCACGGAUGCGCUGAAUCACCUCUAUGAAGUGACCACGCAGGCUACCAAAACUACAACUGAGAUUAAUUGCCUCUUGGAGAAGUUCGGCCACAAAGCGUCAAAGCAGCCCUGUGUGGAAGAAACGAUUCCGAAGAAGCCCCCAAGUCCGCUGGAAAUAGUAAAGAAAUUGUGCGCUGAGGUUUGUGUGACAAGACGUUUUUUGUGCUCCUCACGUAUCUUCGAUUAGAGUCGUUUAGAACAUACAUGAGAGGUUCGGUUUCUUCUAUGAGAUGCUCAAAACCGCUGAACUUCUCCAUAGCCGACUCACGCGACGUCAAGGGACAUACUGCAACAAUCAAACUCCAAUCUCCUGUCGUCUAAUUAAACUAUCCCACCAUUUUUGGCAGAUAGUCUGUUAGCCAGUUCAGUGAUAUGGAAGAGUUAACAAAACUUAGUAACUUGUAAGUGGCACUAUUUAAACAUACUCCUUGGAGAAGCUUAGUCGUGUACUCAGAAAUGCGUGAAGAACACCGUUGCAUACAGUCCGCAUUUUCUUACCGACCUUCAAAGGGGAUAAAAAGAUCGGCCGACUUCGCCCGUCAUCUCCUAAGCCGGUCUGAAGAAGCUAGCAGUUCCUCAAAGGGAACAACAUGCGAUCCAGAGUAGGUGGUUCAGCAGCAUUGCAAAUCAAUAAGCUUAUUUCUUAAGACUGUGCUCGCUUCCGCCUCCGGUUGUCUUGCCGUCGGAGCCAGGUGAUUGGGGGCAGGGUGCGGUAGGCGCUGCGCAAGUCUGUUUCACUGUAGACAACUUCACGCGCAAGUCAUGGGAUUUUCACCCACUCCGUGGUCACGCGGUGGACGUCGCUGCUUGCGGCAACCGCACUGUUGCAUUUAGUCCACAUGUUUCGGAAACUAUUACAAAGGUGAUUGUUCAUUUAAGCCAUGCUGCUACACAAUAACGAAAAUGGAAGAUGUGAAACUUACCAUUCUACCCUACAUCUAGCUUUAGCGAAACUAUAAAUAUGUUUGCACAACAUAAGUAUACCCUGCGGCUCCGUCAACUAUAUUCAUACCGAUAGCCCCAUCUCAAUCGAUGUCAUCAGUAGCGUGAGUGACUAGUAGGUUGGACGUCCAUUUCCACACGGCAAAACGUUUUCCUGGAUGUAAAAAUUGCCUAGAUGACGCAAGCACAGAUUUUACAGGAUGCAUUAAAAACCAAAUUAUUAGGCAUGACAACCUACUUGUAGUCCAUGAGCGAUAGAUGCAACUAUCCGAACACACGAGUGUGUCCCUCUAUCCAUAUGAACUUUUUGUCGUAUUUCAACUAAAAGCAUGUUGCUGAGGCCUUAGGUGGACUGCUAAAGCAACGUAAAUCUGACAUGAAUGAUUGAAGUCCAUGGCCGAUGGCCGUCUAUAGUAUUAUUUGGAAAUUGCUCGCACUGGAAAACAAAUAUGCUCCACACGUUUAGCCUCUACCCGAGCCAAUUUGGGUUGUAAGGUCUGCGCAGCUAGGUAACUAGAAUACCUACCUCGAAUAAACUUCUCUGGGAUGGCGCAAUUUCCUGCAGGUGACAAAACAGACCCGUAAAAAUUCAAGCAGGCGAUUUUAGAGGAUAAUAUCAACACUAAGCGGUAUCUAGUUUGCAUCGACUAUAGCUUUCUUUCACCCGAUGCUUAGCAGUUUGAAAAGAAGCGCCAUGUAAGUCUUAUUAAAAUCAAUUAGUUAGUUUAAAGUCAAAAGAUAUGUAAGCGUGCGUUAUGCCAGUCUCAGCAAACCAUGGCCCUGGCAGCCUGGUAUGCGCUGACAGUUCCGUGACUCCUGGUUCCCUGCUGGUAGAUGCGCUUGCGCUCCCGCUAGGUACACAGGUGUUGGGCAUGGCUGCCCAGUCAUCAUCCUCGUCUCUCUGGCCCUGUUGGGGUGUUGUUAUUGUAGCCGGAAAAUCCUGGUCAUUUACUGUGUGGACCAGGGGGUGUGAUGGCACGUCUAUAUGCGGCUCCGGCCGUGCCAGCCACCUGCGCCCUCCCCCACUUUCGGUCUUUUCGACUCUGCCUUGACACGGGAUACAGGUGGGAGGUGGGGAAGAGGGAGUGUGGUAGAUGCUGCCCAAGUCUACUCUCAUUUUAAACUAAUUCACGCGCAAGUCACCGUCCCUGCUCCGCCUUGUUGUGGAGCGGGCGGUGGAUAUCGUUGGUAACGACGGUCGAACUGCCAGUUAGUUUAAAAAUGUCUUCCUCAUGGUUGCACACCACACGUUGAUAACUGAAACAAAAUUUUACAGCACUACAGGCACCAGCGCACAUGGAAGCGUCAGCUCACCGAACCAGCAUUAUUUAAAAGCGAGCAUCUAGCGAGUCGUCACGUCUGAGGGCACGACCUUGGAUAAUAAACUGGCCACUGCGAUGUUCGGGGCCAGUAGGUAGUCCAACGUUUCUAUUCUAACACGUUAAUAAACGAUUAGCUCGGCGACUCUGAUAUAAAAAUCAGCAUUCUGAUUCCAUGGCAAUUUUGUCAGUUCUAGUCAUGAUGAUUUAGUGGUCACGAUGUUUAAGGGAAAAGUGCCAUGCCGUGCGUAAGCCAACUUGUAGAUUAAAUGUUACUUAAUAAAGCAAACGUAUGUGUGACUGCCUUUUUAACGCUGACAGUAACUGCAACAUUCAAUAGGCUAGACGAAUCUUACGACUCGGUGUUGAUCCGCCUUCGACAGCGGCCUUUCAUAUCCUCUCAAACAGGGCUCCUAGCACCUCGCUGGUGAGACGGAUCUCGGUUUACAUAGUGUAAACUUCACUUAGUUAGCUUACCACACAAAAUCCCCCUUUUCAUAUAACUGGCCUCUAAGUAACAUUUCCUUGACACUAGCCUUUCAACAAACUCCUGGCAACAAUCGACCAAUAUGGCAUGUUUUGCUCUUGACUGCAGGAAACAUGCCAAGGAUUAAGGCUGCGGCGCUCGGGGUAAAUAGUUUUUACCUGUAAACGGGAGACUUUAUAUGGGUUUCCAUACUUUCCCCUGUUGAUUCCUUCCUUUUAAUCUUUAUAGGAUGACAAACAUCUUCUCAGCAUUCCGUCUUCCUUUUAAACUCUCAAUUCUACAUAAAAUUUACUGGGAAAAGAACUAUAGCCAACUUGAUUGCGGCUUAAGCCAUCCCCUGGUUGGACACGGUAUUAGUAACCCCAAACUACAGGUGAUUUUGCGCCAAAUUCUGGAGAGAGUGCCUGUUCCCGCUAGGACCCUAACAGCAAACCCGACCUUAACGUUAUCCACUCUAACCUCGACCCUAACACUAAUCCACAUGAUCCCAGACAGAACCCUCCGGAUCCUGUCUCUAACCUUUGCCCUCCUACUCUUAACACUGGCUCCAAUCAUGGCCUCCCUCUGGAAUAUAGCGCAGAACCAUCCGUAGUAGGGAGGUACCUCCAACCGUCCACCAAACCAUUCUACCCAUCUCCACAUAUCCGGAUUUCGAAACCUGUCCCUUGAUGCCUAAUUUCAUGCUUCAGUCCUCCAGACUGGCUACCGAACACCGAAACUUAAUGGCCCAGAAAACCACACUCGCCACUGAAAUGGAAAAGCAAAUCAAAAUGAUGAAAGAUUCCCAGAGUACAAUUAGCAAACUGCGGUCGCACAUCUGCGUGCUCGAACGGGAGCGCACUGGCAUCGCUAACAGCCUUGGUGAGAACACCUCUUAUCCUGCAUGGGUUGUUUUUACAGAGUUCUUAAAUAUGUUCUCCUCUCCUUGCAACGACCAUCCGAUAGGAAAGCACAGUAAUAUUCUCCAUGGCCUCAAAUCCUUAACACUUUUUAAAAAAAUAUAAGCGUACCUUGCCUUUUUCGUGCUUGAGAUUAGUUUACUCUGCGUUAUAUAUGAAAAGUUUGUUAAACAUGAAACAGUGUGUUAUUUUUUACCCAAAAGGGACUGUAUUGGAUAUGAGUUCAGCAUGCGUCAGAAGAAGCAUUAGAUUUCACGUCGGUCAAUGUGCCUAAUUUCAUGUUCAGACAUUUUGACUCGGAUUACUGGUGGCAUGCGUCAAUUCCCCUCAGAACGGCUGAAACACCAGGGCGAAGUGGGCAUGUAGGCCUACUAAGAAAACAGAGCCCAGCAGAUGGACAUGGCAAUUAACAGAAUCUGUGGAAAGCUUAAGAAAGUUCGCAUUUCUGCCAUAUGCUUUUUCCAUUACUCCAAAGAGCUGCCGAAACAGACCGCACAACGUGGAAGAUAUGAAUAAGGGCAUGUAAACAGGCGUAAAAAAAGACCACCCAAAGUAAGUGGUUAGUGGAUUGGUUAAGACGGCAUGUGGCGGACAAGCCUCAUCCUAACCCUGACCUUAACCCUAAGACUUUUGGUAACGUUAAUUUUUAACCCAACCUUUACCUUAACCGUAAAUUUAUUCACGUCCUUAAGCCCAGCCAGAGUCGUUACCAUAAUACAACGUGCCUGCCUAAAUCAAGUAAGUAGGCAUGCUGCAGUAAGAGAACAUAAGCUUAUAUAUUCGACAGGUACCGAAACAGAUUUUCUAUGAGAGAUCCAGAAAACACCGUUUGGAGCCUGGUUUGCGUGCGCUUAGAAACGAGAAUGCCCGUCGCACAUGCAUAUCCGGAUGCAGUUACUUCUGACCUUGUUUUAAUGUCUAUGUUUAAUCCUCUUGGCCUUAUCUUGCAUCCUAACAUAGUGCGUGUGAUGAGAGAACAUAGGAUGGAUGCCAUACACGUCAAAACUGUGCCCUCUCCCCGACGUCCGCGUUCCUCCUCGAUAGCGGUGGAGGAACUACGAUUGGGAUAUAAGGAAAGCUUAAGGGUUGUUUAAAUGGAAUCAUUUUCAGGAGUAGGGACUUUGAUCAAAUAAAUUUUGUGUUGAACUUUGACCCGAAAGACAAUCUGUGAUUUACCAUACUUGGACAGAUAAAAACUUUACUCUCUGAGAAGUUCCAUAGAGCAGGUAAGAAGCAAGCAGAUAUUUUAACCCUUUAAGGCUGUUCAAAAGUCAUUAGACGUAUGCUUUUACUUUUAGAGCUUAAAACGACGCAACUACAAAGGAUUUCAAAGGAACGGGAUUACUUCUUACAGCUUCUCAACAAAAAGACUGAGGAGGUUGCUGCACUUAAGGCUACGCGGACAAAAACGCCGGAGCCCGUCAGUCCUACCUAAGCUUUUGCCUUGUUUCAAAUUUUUGGUUAGGACGUUUGUUUCUUCUCGUAAAUCUCUAUAUUCUCAGGUUCCUAUGCGACUUUUUCAUUCCAUUUGUCGGCCGAAGGGGACAACUUAGGCUAAAAGCGAUUGCGGAAAAGUCUGUGCUUGAAAGACUGACCCCGUUUUCACGCCAAGCGUCGGAUUAGUUGUUAGAUCUGCUUGUCUGUAGUAUGCGCUAAGUCAUCUCCGAAAUGUUGUGAUUGAAGAUACAGUGCCUUAAUAUUUUUAUCUCGCCGUUCUUCGUCUGCCUAAGUUGACGUCAGCCUUUUUCUGAAAGCUAUUAUAAGUUUUAGCUAGUCACUCCCUUGGCCUGAAUGAGUUUAAUUCAGUACCUGCAUUUGCUUUGUAUUUUAAGUUCAAAUUAUUCUUUCGUCCAACUUCUGCAGUGCUUCAUAUUGUGCUAAUUGGCCGAGGUCCCUCGUGUGUGUCUGUGAUGAUGGGUUUGGGGGAAAAUUCAAAAAUUCAGACGAAUAAACUUCCUGUUUCAGCGAUCGCAUCCCCAUCUUCGCAUAGGCCAAAAUUUUUAAUUAGUCAGAGACUCUAGUCGCUUGGUUACGUUGGCCAAUAUAAGGGCAGGUUGGUCGAAAAAGUGCUUCCUCCAGCACAAUAGCUAACUCCAGUGGAUUUACAGUGGCCUCAGGUUGCAAAACUAGUCCCUCCAUGUUAUCCUCAUGAUAUGCUACGACGGCCUUCUGUUCACACAGCGGAAGUCUAGUUUUUGUAAAUACUUGCAACCUACUUAGCCAUCCUCAGUAUAUACCCAUAGUCCUACCUCUAGUUUGUUGACCCGCAUAUACUACAAAAACAGCAGACCAACAUUGAAAAGAUUAAGGUGUUAACAAACGCAAACAGAAACGGUUUGAACAGUUGAGUCUGGGCAAAACAUUAUCCAUCUGCCGGUCUGAAUACCAGAAACAAAUGCCGAACAUGGGAAGACGAAAAUCGAACCAUGCCUCCAAUAAGGCAGAGAAGGUAAUAAUGCGGUUUCCUGAAUAAUUAAAAGUGUUGGAGCAACGUCCAUCAAAUGCUGGCACGCACCUUCGACGAGACACAUUUUCUAUGCAUAAAGUAGUCUGGAAUGUCUACUGUGGAUUUGUAUGUCUUCGCCAGGCGGUCCCUUUUGGGUUCAUGUAGAGUCGAUUGGCCACGGCGUAUAAGUCAAGCAUUAUUGUUCCUGUUUCAUUUGUCUUUGCUGGCGAGAGUUCUCGAUCACUGAUCGUCAUUCGCUAUGCAAAUGCUUGCGAGGACUGUAGAACGGAUAUCCAAAGGAAAAAUUCACUGUUGAUUGGUUAGCCAUACGCCCAGCACAGGUGUAGUUAAAAUCUCAGACACAUUUUUAGCCUAUAAUGAGCCCCUGCAUGAUGCAGCAGCGAGGGGAUCGGCUCAUCGGUGCGUUUCCCUAGGCUAUCGAUGUACUUUCUGGUAUAAAGUCCAGUUGCUAAUGUUAACCUUUUUAAUAUCCUCGGGAAUCGCUGUGUAAAAUUUCGGACGGAACCCGGGGAUUCUGAUAAUUGGCAACGAUUGAGCACGUCAGCUUGUGCUCUUAUUACUAUGUCGUGUCUACUAAUAUGAGUUAGGCAGGUAUGUUAUAUUAGGUUAUGCAACCCCUAAGGCCCGAACUCGCGACCUGUUGGUGAGAAAUCCAGCUCCCUAAUAACUGAGUCACGGUCUCGUUGUCCUGUCGGUUGCGAUCGGACCUCGGGGGUUUGGAUACCUAGUAGUUGGGCAUGACUGGUCGGCGACUGCUGACAGGCCGGAAAUGACCAUUCCAGUCUCCCUUAUCUUUGUCGGUGGUGAUAGACUGUUCUAUAUCCCGCAAUUAUGAUAUCUUACUCCUGCGUUCUACUAUUCGUCACGAAUUACCGAUAGAUUUAAAGAGGAGUGGAGUUUCUGCGCUCAGCAGGAACUCCAGCGUAACUCGGGCGGUCGCUCGGUACUUGUGUGCACCUACAGAUCGAGAGGCUGUCGUUUUCAUUGCAAACCUCAUUAUUAAAUUUAACAGGAGUUAGAACUCGCAAAGUACAUGAGAAAGGCGACUAAUAAAGUUGGCCUAGCGCCGCAGCACCAUGAAAAUGUCAACGAAAAGUCGGUCCCCUUGACCGCAGAGCUGGUGGACCACAUAGUUCGGGCGAGAAUAAUAUCUGCUAGACCUAUGUGGCGUUAUAUGUCGUGAAGACUCGUGCAUCAGGUGUUUAAAACUUUUGAAGGGAAAGGGCUUAUGAGGGCUCAUCAGCAGAAAUAAAGACAAAGCAGUGGUUUUCUCGAAUGAACUAUUGCAGUUCUCAUGUGAGUCGCGAACUUAAACGGUCUGUAAUGCCAACUGCACUGAUCUAAACUAAUAUCCCUAUGAUUUUCGAAUGCGGGGUUAUGACGAGUAUUUUAAGCAGAUACAACACUUUCUUAAAUAAAAAGAUGUCUCACGCCUUACAGACUGUGACGGUCAACCAACUUCAGUCACACCACUGUGUGUACUUAGAUUUAAAAACUGCUGCUAGAUUGACAACCACUGCAUAUCCCAAGCACUGACUCUUUUUGAAACAAAUGCCCACUCGCUGAAUUCAGAAAAUCUAGAAGUUGCACCUUUAUAGGUGAGAGACACUGGAAUGAGGCAACCACCUGCGCAGAGUAUUCUAACUCCCGAUGUCGUCCCACUGGAGGUUCGAAUGCGGGUUUAGUAGGAUAUUGAGGAGUUAAAUUCAGUGCUCUAACCAAAAACUGGUUCUCUUUUUUAGAUGUUGCGCGUUUCAUCCCCGGCAAAAUUUUCAAAGACGUUAGUUGAACCGAAAAUCAUAUUGACGUCCGAGCCCCAAUUAGCCAUCAAAACCACGCACAUCAAAGAUGGUAAGUUUUUCCAAUGGGCGAUGUUUUGCUAUCGGAUUGUCCGGGAUUAGGUCUUUUCGUACGGAUCCUUCUAGACGCUCAGACGCUUCACAGAGCACGUGAGAACCUCAGUCAAGCAGCGUCCUGUUAUUCUUACUUACCGGUACUCAGGACUGGAAAGUUAUAAAUUAUAGAUUCAGAUAGUGGUUACAGCAAGUACUUAAAGUCUAGCAGAAUCCUAAUUGCUAGAGGAGAUUAUGACCAACUGGGUUAACAUCAAACUCACUCGCUCCAUUGAAAUGUCGGGACAAAUUUAUUUACGACACACGAUCAGGAGACCGUGAGGUGGAGUCCGCAGUGUAUAUACGACUAAGCGCCCAUACGCAUACAAAAAUGCACAAGUGCGGACAUCGUUAACCUCAGGUUGUAACACAAUAGUCAUUUAUUAGGGUUGCUUCAAACGCAUUCUUCCAGAUGAUAAAAUGUGAACCGCAGCUGGGUCACUAGUUUUAAGUGUUGUCAGCUGGACUCGAGAUAGCCGAUCCCCAGGACUUGCUGACCGUCGGUAAUUGCCUCGAACGCUGGUCUGGCCUGUUAAGUUUUGCCUUGGUAAGCGACUAAUAUUUGCUGCAGCCGAACCAAAGGUCGUUAUUUCCAUCUUCUAUAUCAGGGGUUAACAUUUUAGAUAAUGGAUGUGCAGUUAAUGCUCGUGGAUUCUGUUCAGAAUUAAAGGACGAUACAAUCCUCGUAAAAAGGAAGGUACUUGUCACUGUAUUCCUCUAGUUCCGCGUCUAGUUAAGACUUAAUGUUUCCCACCAUUUACCAUCUUAGAUCCGAAAACUGACAGUUUGAAGGUCUCUUUGGAGAAUGAGGGUCGAGAUAUCGGCAAAACCAUUGAAAACACUACCAAAGAAGUAAGCACUCCAAUCACAAUUUAAACAUGAAAACUCAUUGUUGUCACGCAGUCACCGUUUUUAACCACAACUACAAUUUAAAAUGUUUUCUAAUGAAGUGUUAUUGUUAAAUUGGCUAGUCAGUGUUGACCUUCGAAGCUUUAUUGGAGUGUAAAAUUCAGUUGAGUUAAGUUUUAACAGGCCAAUUAUAUUUCCUCCAAUUUCAAGCAAUGACGGCGCACUGAAAUAAACACCUUGUCUUCAGUAAAAAAGUUUUGCAUUAACAUGCGUUAUUCCUCUCAAGUAAUCUCCACGUAUCAAACUUAAUGACGAGUGCUGCUUCUAGCCCUAUGUAUGACCUGCAGGAUUAUUUGCACUACUUGUCUUUAAACUCCGGUAAAAAGUCUCAAAGAAAAUUUUGGAAAAAAGGGCCUAUUUGUGUAAUUUUUGUGUUUUGCUAGAAUGCAUUUCCCUCGGUGAAUAAACGGAGUUUUGGGAGUAUCUCCUCAUGUUUGGUCAUUAUUUCUAGGUUUUGAGUUUUAAUUGCAAUUCUUUUGAGCAAAAGAGGCUAUAACGCCAGAACAUCAUGUUUCAUCUAUUAAAUUAAUUUUCCCCACCAUGAUGAGAAAGGAGACAUCAAAUGCCCUUCGCGUAUAUUUGACAAUUUUUUGAGGGUUACUCGAUUUUUUGUAAUUAAAAGCUCAGAUAAUCGGGUUAACGGAACUCCCACUGAAACUAUUUUUCUUGGUAAAGAACACUGAUGUAGGAUCCCCAUGGACGUAAACCAGCCAUUUUUCCAUAGAUACUGUGUUUGCAAAGAAAGCUGUGCUAUGAAGUACCGCGUCCCAGACCUUCAGCCAACGGAGGAGACGAGGCCCUUGAGGAGCUCAUGAAACGCGCGGACGGUAAGUUUGCAUUAUGAGUUUUCACUGCCCUCUCAUGAUAACAAUGAGGAAUGCCGUAUUUGCUUUCCAAUAAGGCCUGGGCAAGUCGCGCCAAUGUCUAAGAGGUAAAUGCUAUGGUAUGUUUUCUGCGUUGGUUUCAGACUCCUUUACUGCAGCAAACUUCGUUUUACUAUUUGCUUUUUUUGCUUUUAGAGGCCACCAAAAACAUUGAAGCUGCUGAGUGCCAGUUACGGAACAACUGCGCUCAGGACGUCGCGGGUGUGAACUUUAAUAUUUCGCCUACUUUUGUAUCAUAAGUAGCGUUGAUCAUAUUUUUUCUCGUUGCACUUUUUAGGAUAAAACUUCGUGUUUAAUUUUUAGGUGGUAUUCUCUCUCUUACUGGUUAUAUUGUCUAGAGUCCAUGUGGCUAACAAACUGUUUAACUAAAUAGAAGGUUGUCAGUUCCGUCAUACCAACUGUCAGGCUUCUUUCUUAUUUAUUUCAGAGAACCCAAAGUGUUUGUCGCCUACAGCUGACAGUGUUACCGAUAAGCGGUUGGAAUCGCUACGAACCCACCUUGACACACUAAAGAAACAGACGUCAAAAAUUACGAAUCGUCAUCAAAAUAUUCGACAUGAUGGGUCCAAGUAUCCAACAAAUUUGGUUGGGAGAAGAAGCCUCAAAACAUCCAAGGUGAAGCAGAACCUUCAAAAGUAACAAACCUGGCAAACAAUAAAAAUACCAGGAAACCACUUGUAAUAUUUCGUCCUGUUAAGGUUCUUGGGAAACUUUCCUAAUUAUUUUUGGUGAUAAAAUCUGGAUUCACUGAGUUUGUUUGAUUCUGAGCCGAAUACUCGUCCCAGGUCUUAGUUGAGAGCCAUUAUAUAUUCUUUUACAAAGGCAUUUAAAAUGCUUUCGUAGAACGAUUUGUCCUCAAAAGACAAAGGCCCACUUGUAAUACAACAGAGAUGAAUCAGACAGAGCUGGCUUUCCCAAUCUCGGCAGUCUUCAGGAAACGCUUACUUGCGUCUUUAUUUUGGACCUCUUUUAGCAAGUGUUUAUUAAAGCCAGAAUUUCGCAAAGGAACCCUUAAAGGUUAAAAAAAACUGGAUGGCCGAGUAGACAAAAUAAAUUUAGACUGAAAGUCCGACUCUUACUCCAAAAAGGAUGAGAAAGAAAGGACGCGGAAUCUGACUGAUUUUGACGACUUAUGUCAAAAACAAUCAUUUUAUGAAUAAUUGAUUUUAGAUCCCCUCGGGGUGACUUCGGCCAUUUACGCAUGCAAUUCACGUUCAUAAAAUAUUUCAGAACGCAGUCUAGGAGGCUUUAUUGACACCGACAGCAUCCAGUCGAGACCACUCGAUUUCAGUUGCCUAAAAGUAGUCUUUAAGCUCUGUACUGGGUCCGGAAAAUCCAACUGCCCUGGGAAGACAAGAAUACCAGAAAAGAUCGUCAGUUUUGCUCAUUGCCGGCAUUUACCGCCAAUUUUUUUCCCGAAAUUACCUCAGCCUCCGUCAAGUUUUAUGACAGUGGUGGGGCGUAUGCCAUAAAUGAUGAGUUUUUAAUCGAUGGAUAUGAUUGGUAGCAAUGAGACCUCUUACGUUUAUCUUCUUCCGAACACCAACGGGUCGCUACCAGAGAAGUCUGUAAAUUAAACUUCCUCGAAAAGUCAAGUGUGCAAGUCAACCCAGCCUUUUGUACUUUCAAUCUGAGGAAGGGGGGGCCUGGCGAACAUCUUUGAUCCUAGACGUAUGCUCUCACCGCUAGCUUUGCUCUUUUUACCGACCCGUCUUUUUCACGCAAAUUUUCCCCUGAGACACCGAGGUGCUGCUUAAAAUGCGUUCAUGGUCUCUGCCCUAGAUUUUUACACACGUAUGCGCUCCUAUCUUUUUGGCGAAAUGCAAACCACGACUGCCCGGAUGUUUUUAUGACCCGAAGUACGAAAACCUGAUCGGUAGAAUUUUGAAUUAUUUGCAAGUGGCUUGUUAAAUAAACACUGCUUUCGAAAGAAGUCCUUAACAGGACUUCUUCAAGGCGCAUUUUGGACUUUUGAUAGACUUUUUGGCUCAUAAAGGGACCAGGGGAUUUCGAGAAUUCUGCCACUCCUAUGUGUCGGCCUCGAGUGUGCUCCUUCUGUGCUUCUGGCUUUGAGGAGAGAGACCAGUAAAACUGCAAAAAUAACGACGUUUCGCUGAGACGACGACACCACGCAGACAUCUACUUGACGCACUGCGAGGCCCGAUGUGGGGUCACGUUCGAAAACGUGGUCGCCACAGCAGACAACAAACCAGGCACCCUGUUAUGUUAAGCGCCAUCACUGUUCCUUAGUCAUGCGACGGAAAGUACACAAAACAGUGUUCUGGUUCACCAACGCGGUGGUCACGUAUUUUAAGAUUAUUCUAAUAGCAUAAGCUCCAUCCAGCUGCAGUCCUCCAGGAUGCUUGUAGGAGCAGUUUUUGAGGGAAAAUCUUUUUGCCUUUAUUUGUACCAGACUCUUAUACAGACUCUGUCAGUAGGCUUCUAGGCAGGAGACUGUCUGUAAAUGUGUCUUAGUAACCUGGACUAAGCGUACUGAACGAACUUGUUAAAUUUUUGAAGAAACACUCAUAAAUCCUUAGAAAAGUUGGAGAUCUUAAAGGUACUUAUGCGAUCCUCCUCAAGCCGACCAAGGCUGAUGGGUGAUGCAAACUGUGAACUUCCUAUAAGAGGUAAAGAGCAAGUAAUUUAACAAAUUCGCAAACCGUAUGUUAUAUCAGUGGCAGUUUUUUCCUCCUAAGGCUAAAAAGCUCGUCGGUUGGUUUAUGUGCGUGAAGGCAUGUAGAAGCACCGGAAAACAGUUUGAUGCAGAAUACCAGCGCAUUUCCAAGAGUGUUCAGGAGACCGAAUUUUAGCCGCUUCUUUGGAUGUUUGUUCUGUUUUCACGUUCCAGUGGUCAUUCACUGAGGUAAUAAAGAUGUUUUCACAAUUCUGACGGGAAUAAGAGACCAGCUGACCAUGUGACUGUUAAUAUAUACCCAUCUCUUCGGUUACCCUGAGCAAAGAAACUCCAAAAAGGUGACGGAGUCACAAGCGGACCACAAUCUACAAGACUUCCAAAUUCUCAAACUAACAACUAUGACGUUAUACUGACAAAAACGAUGGUAGGCCGAGACAGUUAUUGUUUCCAUCACAUUCCUCUCUUUAUCCAGCCUUAACUUUGAAAAACGCCAGUGGCCACGAGCCUAAGCAUUCGCACGCAAGAUUUGCGGAUAGUUCCGACUGGCGGGUUAGAAUUACUGUUAUGAAAUCGGCAUAGAUCCAUCAAUGUCGCUCCCAUUUGACUCAGCGUAUUCCGACAUUAGCUGAUACGAUAUUAACCCCAUGAAGAGGCAGGAAAACGUUUCGCUCAAGAUGCUCGAUGAUAGAGUGACGCGGACUUCAAUCACAAAAGCCAGACCCAGGGUUAGGGCACCAGCUGGGUGAUACCGGCAAAUAAGCCCGAAAUGGCUGUUCUAACGCCACUUAGUAAUACAGUUUCUUGAUCGUUGAUGGUUGGUCACCAUACGACCGAGUGCAUGGACUUUAGAUUCUGAAACUGCUUGUUUAAGACGUGCAUUAAAAAUACGGCGGUGAUCGCUACUUCCUAUUUAAUCGUAACAUAAGAAGCACUACAUUGAUUUUUCAAGUUCCCUCCAAAGCGUCAACAAGUAAGCUACAUGCCCUUCUCUCUUUGAUAUACUGUCGACUGACAUCUUUUGAAUUAUAAAAGAUGAACUGGAACACAGUAUUUGAAAGUCAGUACUCGCCCGGGUACGGUAUUCGAAGCCAAAAUCAUUAUAUCCCUCCCAAACAGACAGGUACUUGUGAUGACUCCUGUUUUAAAAAGUUAAACAUUUGAGUGCACGAGCCUUUCUAAAAGUACUUGUAGAGGAAACUGUUGAGAGAUUUCUUUGUCAAAGAUGAGCUAGCCUAUUUAGAAUUGGAGCCGAUUGCUUUGUGACAUAGAAUAUUUUGUUUACGGUUUCCGCAGCCAGGGUCAUGCGAGCACAGGUACUAUUCUGUUGUGCCUUCCUAGGGGUUCGUUACGAACGAGGCAGGCAAGACCGUCAACCCCGCGCCCAAAAAACGGGAGCAUCCGAGUCUUCGUUCUCGCGCGCAGAAACUUCUCAAGUCGCAACAGUACAACUGUUCAGCAGACCGCUACUUUUGUCGGCUCGGGCCUGAAAGCUCAGACAUCUGCCGAGCGGAGGAUGCUGACGGCUGUUGCUGUUGUCCCUGCGCCUCCGCCAGAAUCGACAAACACCGUCGCCCAGUUGACGAGAAGAAGUCGGCGUGGACCCGGUCUCGCAGUUAUGGUCCAUUUCCUGCUCAGCCUGUCCGCGAGGAGACGCGACAAGAACAUGGAGAUGGACAACACAAUGUUGCCGGCGAAGCCAAUUAUGGUAAAUUUUGCUUAUGGAUGUUAGCUUGAAGUUGAAGCCCUUGUAUAAACCAAAUGGUCUGGUGGGUUUAUUACGACAUAGUUAUAGUUUCCCUAUGCUCAAGAACAAACGGAAAAUUCAUGUCUUCUUACAAUAGCCCUUAUCAUUCUCGAGUAAGAAAGCAGACAAAUUGUACAAAAUCCAUGGGUUUCCCUCAUUUGGACUUCAUAUAUGUAUAUGGAGGAGGAAGAGCGUUCACCGAUCAGCUUGUUGGGCGUGCUCGUCCCACUGUGCCUUUGGAUCCAAUUUGGAAACAUUAAAGGCAGUUGCACAGUGACUGGUAAUGAUUCAGGAAGAAGUAUUAUGAAAGAUAGGGAAGACCGUGAUGGGCACUUCUGCCUUAUUAGCCGUCGUCAACCAACCGUAGCGAGCCCCAGGUGUGUAUGACAUGGAACCUGAACGCCGGUUAAUAUUUCCGAUGAUAAUCAAUAGGACAAAGGGCCCGUGGGUAAGUGGUAAAGAGCUGAAACACUGAACACUCAAUAAACAGAGAACUCCGGUUCAAAUACCAGAUCGUGCAGACGCGGGGUCAGGUACUGUUUUCUGACGGCGGCUAAUAAGGCAGAAGUGGUCACCCUGUCUACCUUGUCUUUGUCGGGACUUACUUAUUUGCGGCAUUUUCGCCUACAUCCAUACUUAUGUACAUAUAUACGCAGAAUAAUAUUUCCAAGGAAGACAAAGGAGACUGAAAAUGGCCUUUUCUAGUUUUUUUUUACCGUUAUUGGCUGGUCAUACCGAACUCCAGGGUUUCUUGCAACCCCUGGGGCUCGAUUAUGCGACCUGUUGGUCUAAAGUACAACGCCUCAAGUACUAAGCCAACGGACCCCUAGAUCUGUUCACUGUGAUCAGACAAUAUUAAAAAUAGUAGAGAGGUGCUUACCGACCAAGUUAGGCGACAUAUUCGUCCACUGGUGUCCUGGGACUCAAUGAACGCUUCUCUGUUACUAUAUAUAUAUGCUGAAUAACUGAUGUGGUGUGCAUUCCGAGGGGAUAUAAUGAGAAAGUGAAGGCUCUUCGGAAAAUUGAGUUGUACUCGUAAAUUUUCAAGUCGGUGACACCGACCCGUCGUCAAACGAAAUGAACGGAGGGAAAGUGAAGUCGGCAGACUAGGUCGGCUGGCGCGACAGGACAGACAACGACAAACAGACAGCUGAUGUGUGAGAGGGGUGGGCACCUAGUUGUGGUAGGCCGUGGGGUAGAGGGAGGGAAGGAAGAACCGUUAGGGUUCCCAGCGUUGGAGGCUGUGAAAACGCGGGGGGGUGGGGAUUGCGAAUCAGUGGGAAUGCGGGCGGCUGGUCACUGAUGCGGGAUGAGGUAAGGGGGCAAUGCGCCGGCGUUGGAGGUGUUAGGGGGGUUUCGCUUGUUGUUCACCGUGUCGCAAGGGGGGAGCGGAAUGGCGAAACAGCAUACGUCUAUGUGGCCGAGUGGGGGUUAGCACAUAUACUAAAGUAUCGACAUCCUAGAAAGUCUAAGGUGAUUGCAGACAGCCUUUUCAGAAGAAAACAAACUUUAUUCUGUGAAUUUUAAAGUUCGUCCCCCAGGCAAUAGCUGGAUGUAAAGUUGUUGCGUAAACUAUGCAUAUUUUUAAAUGGGUCCGAACAUCAAUGCUCAUCUGGUUUUUGUGCUAAUAAGCGGUUUGGCCAUAUACUCGGAUAACCCAUACAUCAACCAGCAGAUCGAGUUUGCAUGCCAUAUACAAACAUUUCAGGGAAAAUGAAAGAAACGUAACCAAUUCCAGUGACCAAAAGUGAAAAUCUAGAGUCUAACCAAAAAUAGGCUAAAGACGGCUACUCCAUGCUUUUUUAUCCUAGUCUAUAAUUCUUCUAAAAUAGUAGGGGUUCCUUAUGUUCGUUUCAUAAAGGCAAUCCAUGCUCCGAACAGAGGUCGCACCAAAUUCGGCUCGUUUUGAAAGAACGGUUUCUUAAAGUUUCUCCGUAUUCGUCCUUCCAUGUAGAUUUCGACAUCUAGUCAGGGAAUGAAGGCCAGACGAUCUGAAAAUAAGUUUUUUUUCUGAAUGCAUUGCGGUUAUCCAAGUUCCUAGCAUGGAUACGCUACGGGUGGUCAGAAAAAUCGAAAAUCUGGAGAAAAAAGGAAAGUCUGAACAGUCCGACUUUUUAAAAGUGUGUCCUCUUGGAAAGAAGGUGUAAAAUAAGGAUAACUCCACUCCGAAAUAGAUGCUGAACAGUGAUCAGGAAAUUAUCUUCUGUGAAUCCGAAAGUCCCAUUUCCAUUAUGACCGUGCCGCUGUGUCCGAAAUCCCCGGAUGCACAUUUUGACAGCGUGAAGACCGGCUUGACGACAAUGAUAAAUAAGUCCGGCGUCUGCUCGCUGAGACCAACAGGCUGCGUGCAAACCGUGUAAACAACGUCAAUAAAGCCUAAUACGGCAGAGUUCGAUUAGGAGGUAUAAUGCUUGGCGGUUUAAGAAACCGAAAAAAUCGAGAAAUACGCGGGCCGCGAUGUGAUGACGAAUUUUCUCGCAACCAUCAAAGCAAACUGCAGUCCUCAGGCGAAGGGGACCGCGACACUGUUUAAGUCCCACGGGCCAGACCUACUGUCCGAAAUGGUUGUAGAUCUUGGGAGUUGGGCCGAGCACUUCAAAGAACUUCUCAUUUGGUCCAUUAGCACUCUUCAAAGAGGCCAUAAACUAAUUUCUUCGGGUAAGCGUCAAUGCCGGCCUCGAUCAUCUGUCUUGAUGGCGGGAGACAGUCAAAGCAGUGCAAAAUUUGUCCGGCGGAGAAGGGCUGAGCGUCGACUGUAUUCCAGUCAGAAUUAACGAAUACGACUACCGUCAAAUUAUAGAUAAAUUAAUUCCAUCGUUCCAGACGAUGUCACGACGAGGACAAAUCCUACAAGAUUUCCAAGCUGGCAACUCUCGCCUAUAAUUACUAAUGCAAAAGAAACAGAAUUGCGACAACGGUCGGGGAUACUUUUAUUAUCAGCGUUGUUAACCAGAUAUUGGCCAGCGUGUUACUUAGUAACCUGGACACGCGUUUGGUGAAGCGAUUCCUAUCAGACUUCGAAAACACCAUGAAACCCCGAACUUCAUAUUUCUGACCGCUAACUUUUGGAACAGCGCCACGAAAUGUGGACCAGCCUCCACACAACAUGUGUAGAUCUUAUAAAAUCCCUUAACACGGUGAACUACAGUGAACUCUGGAACAUCUUACCUAAGUCCGGGUAUGCGGAACGUUUAGAGCAGACAGUCGUAAAGCUGCGCGACGGAACGACGACCCCCUCCUGACCAAUCGGCCGGUCUCGGAGGCGUUUUCGGUGCCAGUUGGGGAAAUAUAUGAUUAUUUACUCGUUCCAGCCCUCUUAAAAGUUAUGGUUUGAACGCGCUUAUAGUCGUCUGCCGUAAGGAGCGGCCUGGAAUCAAAAUCGAUUGCCAAACUGAUGAUUACAUACCCAACAUCUCGUAUAUACAGGCAAAACGAAAGCCUCCAGGACCAGUGUCAACCUUCUCUAAUGCGAGGUAUACUACCUCCAAGGCUGGAACUCGCGACCAGUGGGUUAGAAGUUCAGCGUUCCAACCAUAGAGUCAGGGGUCCGUUUUCCUGUCGGUUGCGAUCGGGUAUGUUAACAACAGUAGAGGGGCGUGCACCAAUCGCGUUACGGAACGCACUAGUCCCGUUGGUCGGUCAGUUACAAAAUUCCGUGUAGAACCGUUGCAGCAGUCUUCCCGAAGCUAAACUUAGGAUGUGCGGAUUGUUGUUUAGAAUAGGCUUCGUGGAGGGCAGCAUUUAUGGGCAGUGUACAAAAUUCAGGCAAGUGAGUUGAUUCAUUUCUACCUCAUCUGCCUGGUGAGAGUGCUGAAGCUAGAAUAGGUGGAAGGAAUGUCUCAUUCCGAGAUCUUUAAAAGAACGGUCUCCUCAGCAGUGACCAUUGCAACUUCAAAGCAAUUACAUUUUGGCGACGUCACUACAGUUAUUCUCAGAGGAAGCGGAGAGAGAUAUGUGGGUAUCCUGAAGACCUCUCUUCGGCAUCUACAAAUGAACUCUCAGAUCUGAAAAGACAUGGCGUACUGCUGUAAGGACUGGAACAGUCAUCAUCAAAGUUAUAUAAAUAGCGGAGGCCAAGACAAUUUGAGAGGUCUGUAAUAUUCAGGUGCCACGGCGCAACAACUUUGGUAUCCGGCCCCGACCUUGUGCACCAUACGGUCAACGGAUAUUUGACUCACAGACUGACUCCGCUUGAUAGCUGUAGCUGCGGAAUUCCCAGAGCAAUGACAACACGACCAACCAACCCCGCAUAUCACAAAACGCCAUCACCCCUACUAACAUCUCAAUUGCGGACAUCCCUAAUAAGACGAAUGUGUUGCUAACCACUAACAAUGCAGACGAAGUUCCUACUUAUCCACUUCGCGACCGCACAUUCUCAUUAAGUAUCAGCCAAAUCGGUCAUCUGCGGACCCUUUGUAGUGCAUCUAAAAUACCCCUGUCUGCAGCCCCGACAUACACCCUUCACGUACGCCUUAUCUUUAGCACUGUCCAAGGACCCUCAGCUACUGGAUGAACCUAUUCGUUCAUAUGGUCUUUCACGAAAACCUGCGGUAAAGUAGCGUAUUUAGGCGUCCUUGAAAUAAAACCCUCUAUACACACCCGCAAAACAUACUUAUGCUCUAACUCGGACUGUUCGGUCACCCGUGUAUAGACCUUAACAAGCAGCACAUCACAUGUCACCUAUGCACUGAGGGGGCAGGGCAGUUUGCUAGCAUCCUUAUGAUCGACGAAACCUUAUAUAUGAGGGACUGCAUCUCUCAUCUGUGAGAUGAGGAUUGAUCUUAGGGAAUAGAGGGUUAUAAUGCGUGUGACACACGCAAACAAGGGCCUUUAACGUCGAGCUAACCACUGCGCCCGAUCUUAUCAUCAAUUGGUUGGCAGGUACGGACAGUCAAAUGAUGCAUUGGAGAUGGGAAGAGGGAGCAAGGCAAAUGUUGAGGGGUGAAAUAGCCUCACAGUUAACCAGUGUGUUUGUCCCAAUAGUCAGUCUGACGCGUUUGAACCUAUAACGGCACGCCAACAGUCGGGGCUUGAAAGAUCGUCAUCCGACAGUAUAACUCGGUCCUUCUCAGAACAGAGAGUCAGGAUUCGGUAUGUUUUUCCUGCUGCGGCCCUUAUGGCAUUCACACCCGUGAGCGACCCCAGCCACCCUUACGGAAGCCCGGUACGAAUGGAGCGGGGAACAGGUCGUGUGUGUAACAUGUCUAGGCGGGUCGUUUGAUCUUGCUAGCCACUGUCUCGACGCCCCCAUCUCCGGUCGUUCUGGCUUUGUCCUGCCAUUAGAGCGAGGUGGGCGGGGGGACGAGAGUGUGAAGUGGAUGCUGUCCAAGUCCGCCUCAUUAUAAACUACGUCACACGCAGGUCACCGGUGGUGCACUUGUUCUAUGGGGUACAUGGUGGACGCUGUCGUUCGUAACAGUCAAAUCAUAUUGGUUCCUGAUCCCAGGUGGUGGUCAGGAUUGUGACUGGUUGGACGAGGUCAGAAUAAGCCCGAAACAGUGCUUUAUUAACCUGUCUACAUCUUCGUCGACACACCCUCUCUGGCGUAAAACGUCUGCGAGAAAGGCGGUAGGAUUAUAUCGGUUUCAGUAGGAAAGCGGCCCCUUGUUUGGACUCUCAGGUAUUAUGUGACACCACAAAGUGGUACGACUUCUUUGGUCACUUUCUAUGUGAUCCCUAAGUCGCCUUACUAGGUUGGCUUCAAGAAGGAACUCUCAGACCCAAAAGCAUGGAAAAAGGUUGCCUUAGGUAGAAGCAGUUGAACAGAAAUAUCUAGUAUGUCCUCACAUUAUCUGAAUACUUCGAAAAUCUGUGUUAGACUUACAGGUGGGGUUGUUCGUUUGAGCGUGCGUGCAGCAGUUUCGUUCCUGACUUGACGUCAAAGGCGCUGUCAUCUGGGAAGGAAGAUUGCGUGCUCCCCAUGUGAUCUGAAUGCUUCGGAUAUUCGCAUUCGUCCAUUAAACAAACCAAGACAAGUUUUCCUCGGCUGAAAACUGUAACACACUCCAGGAUUAAACGAAAUCUGCGUAUGUUAUGGGUGAAGACUCUAAUGAUAACCUGCCUGCUUUUUAAACCAUAGCUAGAAGAAGCGUAGUUGUUUUGAAUUUAUUGACUGUUUAAAUGAAUAAAGCCCUUUUGCUAUUAUGCAUAAAUGCGGCAUAUUCGUUUCAAAUGUCUGAGCAUCGAGCUUUAACGGUGUGUUCUCCCUCCAGUUCAUGUUAAGUCUUUUCACGUACAUACUUAGUAAUGGGUAGUUUUUCCAAUGCACGCAUAUCCACCGUUUCCUGGACUUUUCCAUGCAUAUCGCUCUGUCUUAACUAUCCCUUUUCCCUUUGUUGGUGGCACAGCGCAAGCUGACAUCACAAUCACCCCUGCAGGACGCUCCAAGGAGAAUGAAACCAUGCUGUUGGCUAACAAACUACGGCAAUCCAUGAAGAAACUACAGAAGUCGGCAGAGAACCUGCUCGUCCGAGUUCGCUCCUCCAGUCGUGAUCCACCGCUACCGCCGCCGCCGCCACAAAAAUGCGUCCGCGAUGUUGGGCAGUCACACCAUCACCACCGUCACCGCCAGGUUGUGACCCGCCACUCGACCAGAGAUCCGACAGCCAAGAGACGACAUCGCAGUCUCUCGGUCAACUCACCUCAAGAGAGGUUAGGUGUACCUACGGCCCCAGAUGCCGAGGAAGGUCAAUUUGAUCAAAAGUAUCGAGAGCGUUCUGAGGAACCAAUGGGAAAUCGAAGUGCCUUGCUCAUGGAAGACCCCCAUGAACAUUUGUGAGUUUUCUGGCUUGUACUCUAUCUGUAUCUUACUAAAGUAUAAGUUCGGCAUUCGACUCCUAUCGGUUUUCUUGAGUUUGGGCCAAUCUUCAUUACGUACUCAUUAGUAGCGUGCUUUGAGUGUAAAUACCUGUAAUUUAAAGGUUUACGCCUUCGAAACCAAAAUGGUUAUGUCGCGGCUGUCCAUUGAACUGAAGAUCGAUCUUUACCUUCGGACUGUUUACACUGAUAAGCCAAUUUACUGAUGCGUGUGCUGUUUAAUAUGUCCCAACAUGUAAGGAUACUCAUCGUGCAUGGAGUCCAUGCCAGGGCCGGAAUGAUUCAUAUUGCUCUGUAGUCCAGUCACGCUUAAGCUAUCCAUAUGUUCAAGGUGAUCGCCGGUGGAUUAACGCCCUAUAGUGUCGUCGUCAACAGUCGCAACAACGGUUGCACAUUUAGACAAGCUUGGUUGCCUGAAACGCUUCGGUGAGUUGGAAUGCAAUCAUAUCUUACCAUCAGAUAACAGUCACGCACCUCAUUAUUUGCUUGAUUGCCUUUUUGUUUUUAUGGGUUUUCGGAACUGCCGUUUGGUCUACCGCUAGUAUUUUCUAUACAUGAUGUUCUUUACCGUUAAAAAUCACGGCCAAUUAGAGACUUGCUCAAAACAGCUGCUGCAAGCGAGAAUAAGCUAGAUUAUGGAAGGACAGAGACAGAACCUUGUCCACAAAGUAGUUAUAUUAAAAUCUACAGUUUUUAAUGUUGUGCAGCUUUCAAAGUGUUCCCUACAGCCUGCAAUUUUAUACCCCAUAGACAGUUAGGCACCCAGUAUGCCACAGACUGUGGUCAAGCCUAUUUUGUAGCUAAUUUCAUAUCAUAAAAAAUAAUUUAUUACUUACUCAAGUGUGAAAAAAUUCAAUAGUCUCAGUCAUGGCCUCGUAGCUAAGGUGGCUAGAGCUUUGUUUGGACUAGAGCUAUGCCUCCGUUGGUCAUGAGUUCAAAUUCGACCGAUAUCAGCGGAAGAACUUCUCUGUUUUUUUUAAUCGACGAUUUACGAUACAAAACAUGUCAAUGCUACCCGAAAACAAUAAUUCGGCUCCAAAUUACUGAGACUUUUCGGACUCCUAUACGUGUAUACGCGUACUUCAUAAUCAUCAAAUUCAUUUAUAUCUUUCCAAAUUUAUGUCGCGUAAUCAACAUUUAUCCCAAUAUUUAUAAAUAUCAGGGAGUAUUUUUUACGAACAGAAAAAAAGAAUGAUCGUUCUAGGACCAACUGCAUGUCGCUUAAUUUUCAAGCGUUUAAACCGUUGAAAUCACAGGUUACUUCUCUAAGGUGCGCGAAUUACCCAAUUUUUGGACAAGAUAGAAGGUUUUGGCUGCAGAUGCCAACAUAAAGAAAUGAACGCAUCUAUAUCUCACCAUAAAAUGAAUCCAAACAUUAAUAAUUCUCGAUAAUUAAUGAUAAUAUGGGCAUUGAGUAACUGGUACCUUUCUCUGGGCUCAAGUUGAAUGUACAGGGGAACGGAUACGUCAUCUAGUGGCGGCCUAUAAUAGCACACGCGACACUGUGAGAGUAUAAGUUUGUAUAACUUCACAUGGUUUACAAUUUCUUUAUAAGAGGUAUUCAUGUAUUUCGUCAAAAUCUCCUAAGCUUUGGCGCAGGACCUGUUUUUCUGAUCCAUGAGUGCACUAUGGAUGGAAGACAUUUUAACUGACUUUUGUCUAAUAGGCAGCACAUUCUGUUGCGAGUUGGGACCGUGCUACUUGUUUUCUAUCUGAGGACGUCGUUCUAAGCAGGAAAUCACCUGUUGAUGUCUUUUCCUAUCGCUUAAACCAGAAUUUCACCAAAUAAACACAUCGGUAGACUUUCUUCUAGCAAAAAUGCACUGUUUAUUUAUUUCGUUCAGCUUUUUCUUCUCAUAGGGAUUUAAAACUGUUCUUUUGAGCGAAGCAAGUUCGUCAAAAGAGACUACAUUUCAAGUUUCUUGUAUGGUCAGCAACCUUUAAGUAGCACUUUACGCUUAAGUUCGGAGUCUCCAUUGACUUCAUUUUUGGUAAUAGUUGCCAUACUUGAUAUACUCAAUUUCUACUCUUUGUAACCGAAACAAUUAAUUACCACUGAUCUGUUAGAAAGCACCGCCUUCAAAAGACAGUCUAAGAUAGCAACAUCUACUAGGCUAGCAACCGCAACUUCAUUUGAAGUCUAUGAACUUCGCACCUUCAUUGCAUAGGUUUCCACGGCGGGACUCUGGUGACACUGUUUACAAUGAGCUUGGAAAAACUGGUAUAAGGCCACAACUUGAUGGCCAUUCAGAUGCAUCUAAUGCGCAAAGUGAUGUCAUUGAGGCAGAGCUGGACGCGUCCACUGCAAGUUGUUGUCGUCCAACGUUUGCUGUCCAAACUACCUUCUCGAGCGAAUCUGACAGUGAGGGAGGAACGAACCUGUCGAGAACUAAGGAACAAAGUGACUUCAAUCACCAGCAGAACUAUGACGACAUUAAUUUUGAAUAGAAUGCUAGGACUGCUGAGUCGCCGUUCAUCGGUUCUGUACGGUAUGCUUCCUUCCAAAUAGCCAAUGAUCCUUUGUCAUUACUGUUACUUUCACUAAUGUUAUCAUUAAUACUGCCACUCUAGAAAGUCGUCAGUAAUUAUGCACAUUGUCUUACAGCAUAAUGUGGACUUGUAGUGUAACAAGCUGGUAGAUCCCGUUAACAUAAUCUUGUUAUUUUUGGUAUCCAGUGGAGAUAAGCCCAUUAUUUAAGACCUUUGUUGUUUAGCAUACUUAUCGAGUACAGAUCUCACGACAUAGCAAGUAACCUUCACAAUCCUUUGUACGUAGAUUUGCCUCUAUUUUUCUGAUCAAAAGACUUUUUAUUAGUAUUGCAUGCAACCUGCCGCAAAUGUGUUACGCACGCUAUUUUAAAGUGCUCUUUGUAAUUGAUAAGCCGUCGCGGAAACGUUCGGUUCAAACAAGUCCUGCUGUGUAUGUCUGCCUUAAAUUCACGUUGAGGAAAUAUCGCUUUAAGCAACAUUCUCUUAUCCAGCUCAUAACUCUCACAACAAUUGUCCUCGGAUCGCUACAAACGCUUUCUAUGGGCCUCAGUGACAAGAGUUUGAUGUUAGUUGGGUUUUAAUAGGACAAAUCUUGCUCAUCCACUACUGGUUUAUCGUCUUUACUAAUGGUCAGAAUGAUUGCUGAAUGUUGUUAAAAGUGUAUUUUAAAGAAGUACGCUGCAUUUCACAUCGACCGUGUCUAGUCCUCGUGACAGGAGGUCCUAGUGUGAGAAAAGUUAAGUGACUGCUUGGUAUUUAAUUUCGCGGAAGGUGUUGAUCCGUUGUUUUGGUAGGUUUUGCUGACAGAAGCGAAAAGACGAGUUUCAGCAAUCAUUCUGGAAGAAAAAUGGCGAUCAUACCUUCUCCAGCAGACUCUUUUGGUGCUCAGCUUUCGAACCGUAGCUUGUUUUUUUGCUUUAAUUCUACGUAUUCCGAAAUAGAUAAAACAUAAUCACGUCGUCUGGCGUACUGGUAGAAAAAUGGUCUGCUUGUUCUUUUACGCUUGCCUUUAAAAGUAAUAAGCGUCAAGUUAAAUGUGUAGCGUAUUGCGCUUUCAACGACCGGAAGCCUUCACUUGCCUUUAUGCCAACGCCCUUUUUAUAGUUCCUACAGGAUUUCACCGUAUUCAUGCAUACAUUUUACAUUUUGCCAAAUAUUCAACUAUGUGUAACCUUCACAAUUUCUACGUUUUAGGAUACGGCACGUUCCCAAUAGUUGA